CUCCAGGACAUGUUUUUCUCCAUGCAGAUAUCUGAUGCUCAGAGGUUACUUCACAGGCAUACCAGUCUGCGAGACGUUAGUGUGAGUAUCUACACGCAGGUGUAAACAUGGGAUUUAUUUUACAGAUUUAUUUAACAAAAACGGCCAUCUAGUGCACAGGGUUAUUAAUUUACUCUUAGUAUAUAUGUACAUUAUUUGAGCUAUGGAUGAUACAGGUUUUACUUAACAUGAAAAGCUGAGAUGGUAGAAAUUAAAAAAGGGGUGGUAAAAGGCAAAAAAACAACCCUUUUUUUAAAUGCUAGAUGCGCAAUGCCAGCAGAAACCAUCAACAGAAUUUUGGGAUAUGGUAGCUUUGCCUGACUCUGGUCAAUAAAAUAAGCUCAUAUUCUGCUUCCAUUAGAGUUUUGUUCCAGAGACCCCACAGAACAAACACACAGGACCAUAUGAAAUAUCACCUUUAAUAAAGAGAAGGGUAAUGUGUGGUACUGAGUGACACAAACAUUUAAUCACACCAAUACAAAGUUGGGGCACGAGACAUUUUUCUAACCCUGUAACUAGUAUCUGUUCAUUGGAUGAGAAAGAUGAAAUGCAGGUCAGGACACAAUAUUUUUUCCAAAGGGAAAAGUAAAGCGUUAAUUUUGUGUAAGUGAAUAACAUUUCAAUUUAUUUGCUCUCUUUCUAAAUAAAAUAUACUUGUAUUCAUAUUUCAUCCAUAUUACACACUUAUUUAUACUAUAUAUCUUGAUAUGGAUAAAACUAUAUGCCUUACAAUAUUAUAAGUUGCCUGUGUGAUUGUUAUACAAUACUGUCAAAUUUACAGAUCUCCAGAGAAAAUAUUCCCAAUUAACAAUUGGAGUAUUAGUACUUAAUUUGUACAUAGAGGUGUGCAGACAUGCAAGUCGUACAUGUGUCAGGAAAACUAUUUAUUGAUUUUUUUUUAUUUGAUUUUUUUUGUUUUCAACUUUCAAUACAUAUAUCUUGUUUUUUAAUGGAAACAUUUGUUCAAUCUAAUUUAAUCAAUGGGUCCAGCUAGAAGACUGCCACUGGAAUAAACCAUACCAGAAGAUAAGGGGCGAGACUAACACUCAAAUCAAGACACAUUUGAAGGUGAGUUCUUUGAAAUUGUGGUCAGGGGAUACUGGAAGCCUUAGGCAAGUCUGAGCCUAAUAUGACCUUUACAAUAUCUUCCAUCUUUGCUCUAAACAGCACCUACAAAUUAAAAUGUUUGUUAUUGUGACAUAACAGAUAAUUAUGGACUUUUAAUACUGUUUUUUUUUUUCCAAAUAAAGCUGACUUACUGCAGCAGAGAAUAUCUCACCAGCCUUGAUUGUGUACCAGAAUAACAAACGUGGAAAAAGCUCCUCUGGUCCGUUUAGCCUAAAUUCAAACUUUUUGUUCUUAGUGCUAAACAUACAGAGCAUCCUUUAUAUUGACAUGAAUUGUGAAAUCAGUUAGAAUUGAGGGCAAGAAAGAACAAUUCUAAAGAUAAAAGAGUUUCAGUCUGCAAGACACAUGAUACUGCAGUGGAGGUUCACCAUGUAGCAGAAUAAAUGACCUUGGUUUAAAAAGCAAGAUCUUAAACAACUUAGGAAGCCCAGUCAAAGCCCAUACCACAGUCUGAUAGAGCAUUACUGUUCAUCAAGUGUACUCACCCAACCUGGCAGAGCGUACACAAUCUGGCCAAGAGCAAUGGGGCACACUUGGUAGAAAAAUACCCCAAAACAGUCAUAGUUGUUAUUGCAACCCAAAGUGUUUCUAUCUAAUAAUGCAUCCAAUUAAUUGUAUUUUCCGUUGUUUAAUUGCAUUCAAAUAUAUUUUGCACCUUUAAAGUGAUGUGUAAAAAUCCCAUUAAAAUCCAUUUUAAUUCCAGAUAGUACACUACCAUAUGUGUAAAUGUCCAGCACAUGUAAUUAUUUAUUGCAAGGUACUGUAGAUAUUAACUAUUUACAUCCCAGUUGUUAAUCUCAUUAUCAUGUUUACACAUUGAAGCAAUACUAAAGAUCAAGUACAGUAACUUUACAUUUGGCUCUCAUUAUUCCUUUGUUUUGUUUAGUUACAUUCAGUGUUUUUCUCAUUUUGCUCCUAUUCCCAUAAGCAUUGUACUAUCCACAAUGACCAUUGACUCUUAAUUUCUUCCUAUACCAUGGGCAGUGAGUCCACACAAAACUGGUUCGCCAGUUAUAGUCAUGAAGUGUAAUAAUGAAGGACUGGAAAAAAGACCUGUUAGUAAAUAAGUAUGUGCAUUGUUGUGUUUGUUCUGUUUCUAUAGAAAGCAGGUCAAAGGCCAUUGUUGGUCAAUUGUCUGUUUGAUUGUACAUGUUCUUGUGAUUAUGCAUAAUGGAUGUUUACUUACAAAUGUGUCUAGCUAUAUACACAAUGACUGAGACACUUCAAUGGUAAAACACAAGUGGUUUGUCUGAUAGAAAAAGGCUUACAGUUUAUAAUUUACCUAGACAAGAGGUGAGCCAAGGGUAACUGACAUCAGGGUGAAAGAGUUUUCAGUGCCAUAUAUUGAUGUACCUAUAUUGAUUUUCCCUUUCCUCAUCUUGUCCCUUUCCUUCAUAUGUAUGCUCCUUUUAUAUGAUCCAUGCCUUUCAUAUUAAAGGGUAUCAUAAGAAACAUAGACCUCAAUUUAAUAUUUUUGGAUACGAUUUACAAAUGGUUUAAUAUUUUGGAUAAACUCUUAAAAUUAUUUUUUCAAAAUAUUAAAAUAUCAAAAAAUGCAUAAUGCAUACAAAAUAUUAAUCAAAAAAUAUAUAAAAACACAUUUUUUAUAAUAUUACAUUAUUUUAACGUCCUCAAAAAUCUAUAGAAACAUGAUCAUUAGUAAUGAUGAUUAAGCAUAACAUUGCUGAUUUUGUGAAGCCCACUUCCCAUUCCUCAAAUCCAAGACCAUUCUAAAAGUUCAGAAUUCUUACAUUUUCCUAUUUGGUUUUGACAGAAUCAUAUGUACCAUCGGCGUGUGAAAAGAGUCAAUAAUGAGCCUGGCUCGGCAGAGGAAAGUCAGUAUGUACUGGAGCACACAGAAUCUUUUUUACUAAAGGUAACUGCCUACAAUGGAGACAGAGGGUAAUAUAAUCUAGAAAAUUAUUGACUUCACAUAGUGUCACAUUCCAGAAAGAGAGGUGAUCAGAAUUGAAAGUUUGUGUGCCGAAUAACAAUAGGCAUGCAUAAAUCGAUCAAUAUAAGGAUUUUAUUGUCUGAUUUUCAGAUCAUAAUUAUCAAUGUAACUGACAAAGAAACUAAUGUUAACAAACAUAAGAGUGAAGAGAUACCUGUUGAAAUGAGUUUUGUAUUUACAAUGUAACUAAUAGUUUGUCUUUUAGAAUUGAGUAUGGGGACUUACAUGUCAGAGAAACAUAGAAUGUGACGGCAGAUAAGAACCCAUAAGAACUCAUCUAGUCUGCCCAAUUUUCUAAAUACUUUCAUAACAAUUAAUCCCUGGCCUUAUCUUAAAUCCAGGAUAGCCUUAUGCCUAUCCCACGUAUGCUUAAACUCCCUCACUGUGUUAACCUCUACCACUUCAGCUGGGAAGCUUUGCCAUGUGUCCACUACCCUCUCGGUAAAGUAAUACUUCCUGAUAUUAUUUUUAAACCUUUAUCCCUCUACUUUAAGACUAUGUCCUCUUGUUGUGGUAGUUUUUCUUAUUUUUAAUAUGGUCUCAUCCUUUACUGUGUUACUUCCCUUUAUAUAUUUAAAUGUUUCUAUCAUAUCCCCCCUGUCUCGUCUUUCCUCCAAGCUAUACAUGUUAAGAUCCUUUAACCUUUCCUUGUAAGUUUUAUCCUGCAAUCCAUGAACCAGUUUAGCAGCCCUUCUAUGAACGCUUUCCAAAGUAUCAAUAUCCUUCUGAAGAUACGGUCUCCAGUACUGUGUACAAUACUCCAAGUGAGGUCUCACCAGUGUUCUGUACAAUGGCAUGAGCACUUCCCUCUUUCUACUUCUAAUACAACAAGCAUUCUGCUAGCCUUUCCUGCUGCUCUAUUACAUUGUCUGCCUACCUUCAAGUCAUCAGAAAUAAUUACCCCUAAAUCCCUUUCCUCAGAUGUUGAGGUUAGGACUCUAUCAAAUAUUCUGUACUCUGCCCUUGGGUUUUUACGCCCAAGAUGCAUUAUCUUGCACUUAUCCACAUUAAAUGUCAGUUGCCACAACUCUGACCAUUUUUCUAGUUUACCUAAAUAAUUUGCCAUUGGCUUAUCCCUCCUGGAACAUCAACCCUGUUGCAAAUCUUGGUAUCAUCAGCAAAAAUACAUACCUUACCAUCAAGACCUUCUGCAAUAUCACUAAUAAAUAUAUUAAAGAGAAUGGGUCCAAGUACAGAUCCCUGAGGUACCCACAGGUGACAAGCCUAUGUUGCCUGUCACUCAGCCACCCAUUCAACAAUAUUGGAAUGCAAACUUAAAGAUUGCAGUUUAUUGAUAAGCCUUCUAUGUGCAACAGUGUCAAACGAAUUACUGAAAUCUAGGUAAGCAAUGUCUACUGCACCACCCUGAUCUAUAAUUUUAAUUACCCAAUCAAAAUAAUCAAUAAGAUUAGUUUGGCAUGAUCUCCCUGAAGUAAACCCAUGUUGUCUCUGAUAUUGAAAUCCAUGUGAUUUUAGAUGUUCAACAAUCCUAUCCUUUAACAUGGUUUCCAUCACAUUCCCCACUACUGAAGUAAGGCUUACUGGCCUAUAGUUGCCCGACUCCUCCCUAUUACCUUUCUUGUGAAUGGGUACAACAUUCGCUAAUUUCCAACCUUCUGGGACUACUCCUGUUAACAAUGAUUGGUUAAAUAAAUCUGUUAAUGUUUUUGCUAGUACACUACUAGCAGAGAUAUGUUUUAUAUAUCCACGUCUACUAAUGAAACGCUUGCAUCCUUCAUAUUUUGAUACUAGAACAAGAAAGCUUUGCUGUUGUGGUAUAUCAAAGGUUAAACAUCAGUGGCAAAUGGGAAGCAGAUACCGUGUUUCCCCGAAAAUAAACCCUACCCCGAAAAUAAGCCCUAGUCGGAUUUUCGGGGUGGGCUGCAAUAUAAGCCCUACCCCGAAAAUAAGACCUAGGCAUUUUACCUUUUCGGCGAGACUUCCUUCUUCUACUGUAGGAGGAGCGUUGCGGGCCGCGGCAUCGCGCAACGUGAUGACGACAUUUUGCAGCGCCGUCAGUCUGCCUUCACGGAUCUUCAGCGGAAGGAUCCAUUUCCAGGCGGUGAGGCUCCCAGUGGUCGGACUCGGCAAGGAAACUUUGAAAUGUGAGUACCGGUAGAUAUUUUAUGUCUGGGACUGAAUUAAUUAAAGGGGGCGGGGGGUGAAUUAAUUAAAGGGGGGUGAAUUAAAGGGUGGGCUGGAUUAAUUAGAGGGGGGUGAAUUAAUUAAAGGGGGGGUGAAUUAAUUAAGGGGAGGUGAAUUAAUUAGAGGGGGCUGGAUUAAUUAGAGGGGGUGAAUUAAUUAAAGGGGUGGUGAAUUAAUUAAAGGGUGGGCUGGAUUAAUUAGAGGGGGGUGAAUUAAUUAAAGAGGGGUGAAUUAAUUAAAGAGGGGUGAAUUAAUUAAAGGGUGGACUGGAUUAAUUAAAGGGGGGUGAAUUAAUUAAAGGGGGGUGAAUUAAUUAAAGGGUGGGACUGGAUUAAUUAGAGGUGGUGAAUUAAUUAAAGGGGUGGUGAAUUAAUUAAAGGGUGAGCUGGAUUAAUUAGAGGGGGUGAAUUAAUUAAAGGGGUGGUGAAUUAAUUAAAGGGUGGGCUGGAUUAAUUAGAGGGGGGUGAAUUCAUUAAAGGGGGUGAAUUAAUUAAAGGGGUGGUGAAUUAAUUAAAGGGUGGGCUGGAUUAAUUAGAGUGGGUGAAUUAAUUAAAGGGGUGGGCUGGAUUAAUUAGAGGGGGGUGGAUUAAUUAGAGGGGGGUGGAUUUAUUAAAGGGGGGUGGAUUAAUUAAAGGGGGGGUUCAAUGUACAUACCGGUACCGUAAAUAAAUAAGCCCUACCCUGAAAAUAAGCCCUAGUGUGUUUUUUGUGACUAAAAUUAAUAUAAGACCCGGUCUUAUUUUCGGAGAAACACGGUAGUGACCUACAUCAAAUCAAGCAGGUCUGGAUUUAUGUCCUAAAUGACCCUGGAUAAAAGGUUGGGUUUUGGGGGAAGUUAAGCAAAGUAUGCUUAUGGACAUAUAUGGAUGAAAUUGGACAGGAACAACACAUAUUUGUUCAUGGUAGAAAAUCUGGCAGUUAUUAUUAUUAUUAUUAUUAUUGGCAUUUAUUUAGCAGAAAGUUAUUUUACAGUGUUUUGCAAUAUUAUAAAGGUGGAAAUUUAAAAAUAAAUGUGACAAUUACAAAAUGUUACAGGAACAACAGGUUCGUGAGGACCAUUCUCAAACAAGAGGUGGGGUAUAAAAACACAACAACAUUGGGAUAUGCAAACUGUACCAAAGGAGAAGUCUUGCAAGUGCUAGUUAGCGGUAAGGGUACGAACAGCGGAAAGGAGAAGGUCACCAGCAGAGAGGAGAGACCUACAAAUCAGUGAAGAAAUGUAACAUGGGUUAGAGUUGUUUAGAGCUUUAUAGGUAAGGGUUAGUAUUUUAAACUGGCUCCUAUAUGGCACAGAAAGCCAACGUAAAGAUUGACAGAGGGGCGAGUUGUGAGAGGAGCGACAGGAGAGGAAAAUCAGCCUGGCAGCAGGAUUCAUUACAGACUGUAGCAAGGCAGUACAGUUUCUGGGGAGACUAGUUAUGAGAGAAUUACAGCAAUCAAUAUGAGAGAUGUACAGCAUUUAGAGUUUUGUUAGUUUGAUUUUUGGAUAUUUUUCUGCUCCGAAUUCAGGAAUUUUGCAGAAGGCCUGAUAGGCCCAAAUUUGAUCGUAUUGCACUUUUGUAUGAAAUUAAUCUUCAAGACUAGUGAUCAUUGUCUUACCUGUAGGCCACUUUUGACCAUCUGUCAGGAGUAAUCUAGAACUGAGACUUAUUUUCAAUAGAACUCAAGCAAGUAAAAAAAGUGAAUUAGUUUUUUACAUUUUCUCAUUUAUAACAAUUUACCCACGUGGGUUACAUAGUUACAUAGUUACAUAGCUGAAAAGAGACUAGCGUCCAUCAAGUUCAGCCUACCUCACAUUUGUUUUUUGCUGUUGAUCCAAAAGAAGGCAAAAAAAACCCAGUUUGAAGCACAAUUUUGCAACAAGCUAGGAAAAAAAUUCCUUCUUGACCCCAGAAUGGCAGUCAGAUUUAUCCUUGGAUCAAGCAGUUAUUACCCUACAUUGAAAGAUUAUAUCCUUGAAUAUUCUGUUCUUGCAAGUAUGCAUCUAGUAGCCGUUUGAACAUCUGUAUGGACUCUGAUAAAACCACUUCCUCAGGCAGAGAAUUCCACAUCCUGAUUGUUCUUACAGUAAAAAAACCUUUCCUUUGCCUUAGGCGAAAUCUUCUUUCUUCCAGUCUAAACGCAUGGCCUCGUGUCCUAUGUAAAGUCCGGUUUGUGAAUAGAUUUCCACACAAUGGUUUGUAUUGGCCCGAAUAUAUUUGUAUAAUGUUAUCAUAUCCCCUCUCAGGCGACGUUUUUCUAAACUAAAUAGGUUUAAAUUUGUUAACAUUUCUUCAUAGCUGAUAUGUUCCAUUCCUUUUAUUAAUUUUGUAGCCCGCCUCUGCACUUUUUCUAGUGCCAUAAUAUCCUUCUUUAGAACAGGUGCCCAAAAUUGCACAGCAUAUUCAAUAUGGGGUCUUACCAGUGAUUUAUAAAGAGGCAAAAUUAUAUUCUUGUCCCGAGAAUGAAUGCCCUUUUUUCAUGCAUGACAAUACCUUACUGGCCUUGGCCACUGCUGAUUGACAUUGCACAUUGUUGUAUAGUUUGUUGUCUAUAACAAUUCCCAAGUCCUUUUCAUGUGUUGUUAUCCCUAAUUCGCUUCCAUUAAGGGUAUACGUUGCUUGUGUAUUCUUUACGCCGAAGUGCAUAACUUUGCAUUUUUCAACAUUAAAUUUCAUCUGCCAUUUGAGUGCCCAGUCCCCAGUCUAUCUAAAUCCCUCUGCAGCAAAGUAAUAUCUUGCUCACAUUGUAUUGUUUUACAAAGUUUGGUGUCAUCUGCAAACACUGAAACAUGACUUUCAAUGCAGUCUUCAAGAUCAUUUAUAAACAUGUUAAAUAGAAGGGGUCCCAGAACAGACCCCUGAGGGACACCACUUGCCACCUCUGUCCAGCUUGAAAAUUUACCAUUAAUGACAACUCUUUGUACUCUGUUUUUAAGCCAAUGCUCUACCCAAGAACAAGCAUUUUCAUCUAGACCGAUUUCCUUGAGUUUGAACACUAAUCUAUUGUGUGGGUAUUCCAAUGGUUUAUACAACAAUACUUACAUCUUAGGUUACAAAAUACCUUAUCCUAUGACAAUUUUAUAUUGAAUGGUUAGAGCAAAACAUCACUGUCAUAGAAGCAGGAAAUACAGGUUCGAUUACCAGACAUACCACCACCCCAGUAAGAGUCCUUGGGAAAGACUACUAACUAUUUAUUUACCUACCUCAGAUCCUCAUAGAUUGUAAGCUCGUUUGAAGAGGGUAUUUUCUCACUUAUCUAUCAUUGUAAAGUGCUGCAGCACUUUACAAUGAUAUGAACAUGCUAAUGCUAAUGCUAUGUACAUGAUAAUAAUAAUAAUCCAUUUCAUAUCCAUUCAUAUGACCUUUGUGAUUGAGUUGCAGUUCUGUCAAAUAGUAAUAACAUUCUUGUAUAUGCAGCUUAACUCUGUGAAUUUAAUUAUUUAGUCCAGACAGAAACCCACUGAAAAGGAAACUGUUCUGAAUUCUGAGGCCAUUUCUGAGCCGCCAGAUGAAGGUCAUCAAGCUGAAGAGGCCAUUCCGGAAUCUUGGAAUGGCACCUACAUGAAUACAUGGAUGGAAACGACAAAUGGCAAUAAUCAUCCAAACAGCGCACAAACCAAUGUUUAUUCCUUAUCAAAUUACAAAGGAAAAUACAGUGGAGAUGACAGAAUUGACUCUAGAGGUGAUGAGAUAGAUAAAACACCUCCAUAUAAUUACAGAGAACACGCAGAACAGAAAGAUGAUACGUUAGAGCACUUGUCUGACACGGAGAUCAAAAUUAUAAAAGGUCACAUUAACCUGCCAUAUACAGCACAAAGGAAAAUUUUUAUGACCUACAUAAGUGGAGGAUACCAAGGUAAGAUUGGUGAUUCGUACACAAAGUGUAUGUGAAAGUGGUGUAAAACGUGUAAGAUUUGGUGUAAAUAUAUGUAUAGAGUCAGAGUCAAUUAAUAUCUUUGUCUAGUAGGCAAUGAUGGACAGUGCUAAUACGAUGUAUGACCUGAUCUCCCUAUUGUCUCUCCAUGUUUACCUUAUAUGAUUUACACAGUAUCAUAGUACUAUACUGUAUAAUAUAUAUAUAUAUAUAUAUAUAUAUAUAUAUUCAGCUAGUUCUAUGAUACUGUGUAAAUCAUAUAAGGUAAACAUGGAGAGAUAAUAGGGAGAUCAGGUCAUACAACGUUUUCGCACUGUCCAUCAUUGCCUACUAGACAAAGAUAUUAAUUGUAAUUGUAGAAAAUAAUCCAGGCACUCCAAAUUGUUCCAAACGAUAGGCAAUUUUUAUUGGACCCAAGAACCACACAAUGUUUCGACCCCUUCGGGACUUUGUCAAGCUUCUCUUUGGUACUGGGACUGAUCCAGCAGCACCCUGAGAGUCCAAAGGGAAGGGUUGAGUGCAGUUCCACCAUCUAUAUAUAAAAAAUAUUAAUUGUGGCGUUCCAAGGCUGCCCAUUAGUACUAUAAGGGCUAAUAUAAAGCUGGCUGAAGUUGACCUUGAAACACUGAAGUCAUUGAACUGUUAGCUGAGUAAUUUAGUAGCUUUUGGCCUAUUUUAAUGUUCAAGUAGGGUUUAAAGAGUGACUAGGAUAAUGAGGAUACACAGGAGAUAAUGCAAGAAUCGUGUCUAGUUAAAAAAACAACUUGACACAAAAACUCAAUGGUUUAGACCCAACAUGUCUUUACAAAUCUUUUGUAAGUCUAAUGUGUCAGGAUGGCUAUUUAAAGUAAAGUACCUGUCCUAGCAGGUACUUUGUAAAUUUUAUUUUAGAUGUUUACAUAACAAGCUAAAACAUUUGAAGUAAUCCUGCUUAAUGUUCUAUUUUUGUCUGUUUGCCUGGUGUCCUUGUCAACCCAACCACAAUUUGUUUUUGCUCCAGUGUAGAUCACCUACUGCUAAGAAUAUUUGUCAUAAUUAGUCAACUGAUGUUGUUUUUAGAUCUCACAUUAUUUUAUUAUUUAUUUUUGAUUUUGGAGUGUUUUAAUAUAUGACACAAAUCUUCUUUCUGUUUUGUGUCUGCACAUGAGACUCCAACUUGUAGGGACACUCUAAGCAACCAAACAAAGUUAGCUUGCUGAAACAGUUUUAUUCUCGAUUCUUUGCUAUUUAUGAAUUAUAUCACUUUUAUUUUUGUAGCCCUAGCCACACCUCCUCUGAUUGCGACUCACACAGCCUCCAUAAAAAAAAGUUUCAUUUUCAAUCAGAGUGUGUUUACUAGAAUUUCUAGAGUUUACUAGAAUUUCUUAUCUCCUGUUUUGUUAUUUGAACUUUAAUCAUACACAGGUGUCUAUGGAAGGGUCUAGCUAACAAUUAACAAAUCAGUAUAUAAGAAAUUUAAUAUUAAACACACUGUGCAAUAAGGGAAGCUUAAAUCGUUAGACUUGUGUAGUGAGUUGUGUAGUGAGGCUGUGUUAGUCAUUGCCAGGGGUGGUGUCUAGGGCUGCAUAAACAAACUUAUUUAACACCUAAAGGGUAGAGAAUUAAGCCAAUAAACUGCUGGGGCAUGAUCUAUACAGCAAACAUUGCUAAAUGAACACUUUCCUUACUUCAGAUGAUUUAAAUUGCACCUUAAAUAGUCUGGCCCACCCUUACCAGAUGCCCCUUGCUUUCUCCAAACUCAUUUUGGACUGAAUUCCUUAUCCUUUCGUUGUUGAUCUAGUGGUUCCUAACACAGUUCCCAAGAUGCAACCACAAUCCAGGUUUUGUCAGGAUUCACAUUGGAAAACAAAAUGUUUAAAUCUGAAUUUUUUUUGUGCCUUGUGUACACUGGGUUGGAAACAACAGGUUUGAUUUAUUUAGGUGGAAAAUAAGGACACAAGCAUAUAUUAACAUUUAAUUUAUUUAUUUUUUUGCAGAUUCACACCCAGAAAGAAAUGCAUUAUUUGAAAAGGCAUAUCCAGAUUUAUAUGUUUACUUUAAGGAGAGAGGGUUUGACUUCCGCAUGUUUGAUCUGAGAUGGGGCCUUAGUGAAGGGAUCAGCAAUUACCAUAUAAUGCCUUCUCUUCAUCUGAAAACUCUUCGAAAAUGCCAAGAAGAAGGGCAGACUGCAUUUUUUGUAAGACUACUAUAUAUUAUAUCAUUUUUCCCAUUAUCUUUACAGGUCUCUGCCACUUUAGCAAUGCUGAAUAUAAAAUUUUAUCCAAGACAAAAAGUCCAUUACAAACAGAUUUUUUUUAAUCAGAAAACAUUUUCACAAUAUUUUAUUAUUAUUAUUAUUAUUAUUAUUAUUAUUAUUAGUUCAGCUCAGUUUUCUAAAACUUUGUUUGCCAUGGAUACAAAUAUAGAACCUUCUAACCACUUGGUCUUUGGACUCAUGGUUUAUUUUGAUGUGUCCAGAAUAUCUAAAUGGUAUUAGUUUUUCAUAAUACACAGUUCAUGACUACACAAGUAUAUUGAAACAAUAAUGCACACUGUACAGUGUAUAGUAUGGGAGUAAUAAUCAUCAUAAGGCACUUUUAGUAAUAUUUCCUGGCCGUUCAUAGAUUAGUUGAUUUCCCAGACAAUGUCUCCUCUCCCAGUAAUGAAAUAGAACAUCUGUAUUAUGAGCUCACCAUCCAGAGGGGAGGAAUCAAGCACAACAGCCACAAAAGGCAGUUGAUGCAUGGGAGUGGAACUCAUCCCAAUGUCAGACAUAUCAGGACAUGUUUGUCCCAGGGUUGGUCUAGGAUCAUUGAAUCCCGAGCCCUUAUUAAAAAAAUAUUAUGUAAUAUAAAGCAUAUAUAAUGCUGAACCGAGUGUUAGGGAAAAAUAAUGCCAGCUUGGGUUUUCGGAAACAUUCAUAAACCACUCAGUCUUACAGAUAUUAUGUUGUCUUGAUGUCUCUAUAUAUACAUAUAAAGAAAUAAUUAUGUACACAUGUUUCUGAAUAUGUUUCUCAUAAACUCUCUUUCUCUCUCAAUCUCUCUCUCUCUGUAUAUUUAUAUAUAUAUUCUUUAUUUUUGCUGUGCAUUGCCGAGACAUAUUUCAUAGUUUACAAGAGUGUAGUAAACAUGCAUGAAAAUAUGAAUUGUACAUAUUAAAGAAACCAAGCCUUUUUUAUAUUUAUAAAAAGUUUCUUGGCUAGGUACAACAGAGAAAUGUAUAGCUCAUGAGAAAUCACCAGGAAGAAAAUAUACACUUACUUGUCCCAGUUGUUAAGUACUAUAUUUGCUCACAGAGGUAGCACGGAAAUAUCUAGCUUAGGUAACAGCAUUUAUAUGUUUGUAAAUUCUAAUAUACGUUAAGUUUAUAUAUGUAGGAUGCAUAUGACGAGUGAACCAAAGGGGCAGAAUGUGUGGUGGGCUUAUGCAGAGUGAAUUAAACCAGUUGGUAGUACACCUAUAUAAGCGAAAGUUUGUAAACUAUGCAUUGUGAGAGGUUACGAGAGGGAGAGGAAAAAAGUUGUCCCUUAUUGAUAACGAGAUAAUUAGGGACCCCAAAUAAUGCAAUGACAUUCUAGGUGGAUUGCCCCGAUAUUAAACAAUGUGAGGUUUAAGCAAAGCUGGGGCCUGUAAUAUCGCACAACAUGAAAAAGAAAGAGGAGUUAGAACAAGAAAAAUAAAACAGUUGCAUGUUUGAAACUUUCAAAAGUAAUGCCUGGGUUGCAAGUAGGCAUCCGUCAAGUAUAUUUUAAGUUGUCCUUGGAGUUUAGAUUAUAUUUUUUUUGUCCAAAAAACAAAACUGAAAAUCACUAUAAGCUCAACCUGGAACGCACUAGAUCCCUUUACACAAAGUGUUCCCUCCAACAAAUACAUUAGUCAAAAGAAAGAAAAAUAGUAAAGGAAUGAAAAUACGUCCAACUAAAGUGUAAAUAUAUAGAGAUACAACCUGAAAUUAUUAUAUAGAAGAUUCAGAGGAAACUAUAAUCUCCAAAAUAGAAAAAAAAAAACAUAAAUAUAUAUAGUAUAAUACCAUCUAUGUAUUGCUGGUAUUACCCUAUAUAUAUCUAUAUAUUUACACUUUAGUGUGAGUUGGACGUAUUUUUAUUUCUUUAUUAAUUUUCUUUUGUUUGACUAUAUUUUUUAUUUGUUUAGUGUUUUUUAGGACAGAAAUUUGACCAGAUUACUCUUCUGGAUACUGUAAAUAAAGAAACAUUUGAGGCCAUUAAAUGCUCAGUGGAAUUGAUGAAGAAAAGAACAAGCAUUCAAAAGCAAACUGAUCCUGGUGUCAUGGGGCCAAGGGAUGGCGAUUCUGGCCUUUACACGAAUGGUGAUAACCAGAGUAAGACCGAGGCCCACCAGAAUACAACUGAUCAAGAUAAACUAAUCCUAAACCAUGUCGCUAAUGGAACUGAGGAAAAAAGAAUUUUUGAGCCCAUUUCAAAGAAAUCCUCUCUGAAGUAUGACAAAGAUUUACAAUUGCUUACCAAGUGGUAUAGAUUGGAUGAAAACUGCAAUCCUAUGGUGUACAGGCUCCAACCAAUCAGGUAAAAGAACGAUGGAACAUUAUAAAGCAGGGAGAUUAUGGAGAAAGGCAUUUAAUUAGUUAAUUUAAUGAUAUUCAUUAGUUACGUGUUUGUAUUUGAUUUUAAUUUCAGUUUUGCUUACCAGAUAUUAAUACAUAUAAUAGAUAAUAUUUGAAUGCUAACACACCUACAUAUUUUUUAAAAUAUAUAUUUUGGGGUGGUUACUCCUUCCCUCAGUACAUCAUUGAAAUUUAGUGAUUCUUCAUGGUGACCUAUAUGACAAUAUCUACAUGACAAGUCAAACAGUGGCUGAAACUUGCAUAAGGAAUCCUCUGAUGGAGAGUGCUCAAGCCUUGUAUAACUUUUUGGACAAGCUGUGAUUCUCUCAGCUGUUCGCUGCCCAGCACCAUGACUGCUUUAGGGAAACCUAAAGUGGCAAAAAUAAGUAAAUCCAAUAAUAACUUUGAUUUUUAUUUUAUAAUAUUGCCAGGGUUUGAUGUUCGUGUGUGUAUAUAUUAUAAUUAUAUAUAUAUAAUACCUUUGUCCCAUUCCUUGAGCUAGAUUUCUAAGUAUGAUUUUCUAUUCCAGCAUGCCUAGUACUUUUUUAAAAAAAAAUAUUCUAGCUGCCAACAGUAAUGCAUUGGCAUAUUGGUAACAUUUCUUGUUUCAUGUACCUGUUACUAUCAACAUCUACAUAUUUUUUUCUGUAGACUGAAGUAUAUAAUUAAAUAUUGGUAUGAGUAGCGAUUUGCUAGGUAAAUUCUACCAUAUAGUGUCAAAGGGAGAGAUGUUUACAGAGUAUAAAAGGUUUUCUUUUUAGGUAAAAGUGUUCCCAAAUAUUUGAGUCUUGCUGGUUUCCAAUUUAAUUGGGUCAAGAAUGCCUGUUUUGUGAAAGGUUCACCCGACAAGCUCAAAGCUGUGGACUUAAUGAAGUUUAUGUAAAACCCUGCAUUGGUGCCAUGAGUAUGAACAACAUGCAUUAUAUCUGGUAGAUUCAGUUUGUUUGAGAUAUACAAAAGCACAUCAUCAGCAAAAGCUGGGACUUUAAUAAAGUGAAAGCCCACCUGGAUGCCUGUAAAAUCCUCUAAAUUAUGCAAUAAUCUAAUAAUAGAGUCUAAAAGUGGUGAAAGGGGGGCCCCUUGUGCACCUCUCCCUCCCCCUGCCCUGUCCCAUUAGAAUUGAGUUAGAAUCCAGACCACUGGUGGUCACGCUAGUAAGUAGACACACUUUGAUGAGGUAAUAGAAUCUAUAUUUUAUUAAAAUUGGCCAAGCAACAAUAUUAAAUACGAUGUGGGCAUCAAGAAUUAGCAACAUAGUUUCCUCAGUAAUUUUGCUGACACUAUAUCUGCUAUUGCACUACUUAUUCCCUGUGUAGAAUGUCAGCCCAGGACAAAGCCCUACUAUUUGGGUUCAAAAUCGCGGGUAGGAAAUUUUGAAGUCUAGUUGUCACUACUUUAGUAAGUAUUUUGAGGUCCUGAUUCAGAAGUGUAAUGGUCUGUGACUGUGACUAGAUGAUACCCAGGUCAGGAGAUAGUACCAGCGGAGGCCCUCAGUUUUAGUUGUGCAUUGCCUUUGGGCAAAGUAAAACAAAACAGGAAAAGAAAAGAAAGUGAUUAGAGUUCACUGAAGCUGUGUUCAUGGGGUUUGCCCCAUGAACUCAAAGGAGGAUGAGGUAUGCAUUGUGGCUCCUCUGAUACAAAAUAUAUACACCAAAGACUAUGUCAAACAGUGUCCAACAGGACAAACAAGAGACCUUUCAGUCCAGAUCAGCAAAUUAAUUACUAUUAGAAACAAAUAAGGGCAAAAAAACUGCACUGGGAGUGCAAUAGACAAAAAAAGAAGAUGAACCACUACAGUUUGUUUAAAUGUGAUGAUAUGAUGUGGCUAUUCAUCCUACUCACUGAGUAUUUCCUAGAUCUUACAGCUCCAAGAUGGUGGACAGGUUGUUUGGGCCUCUUUGUAGACCUCCUGCUCUCUCGUCAGCUCAACCAGGACAUGGGACUGGGAGUAAGGUCUGGAAGUGGCUGGAGUGAUGAGAAGCCCUUCUGGGGUUUUGCUCACUUGUGGUGUGUAGCUGGGCUGUCCGAGGUCUGUGUGUCUGCAGCUAGGGCUGGUGGUAAGCCGAUGAAUGUGGCCAAGUGGGCCUGCACCCCAAAUCCCCACCCAGGCACCCUGGUACCCAGGUAGGGCUAAAGGCAACAGGACACAAUGUUAAGGAAGGGGCAAUCUAAAAUUAGGAGCAUCCAUGCUCCUAUUAGUUACUGUGUCACCUCCUAUCGGCAGUGACCAAGAAUUCAAUGUCCAGGGGAGAAUACAGAGAGGCUAAAAAUAAUGCCAUUGAUAUGCUUGCCAAUAGCUCGAGCAGCUUGGGGUCACGGGUGGUAGCAGGAUUUUUCUUUGAUGGACUCUGAUCAGUUGCCCUUAUUUGGAGCAGGCUGAUGUUGUGGCCAUACUCCUCGGCAGUCAGUAAAUCAAGGAAUGGGGCAAGUAAAGUAAAUUAUAAUAUAUACACACAUGGAGAACAUCAAACCAUGGAGAUAUAAAAAAAAAAAGAUUUGAUUAAUUUAUUUUUUGACUGUGAAAUCUAAUGAUGUAUCGUUUCAUAUAUAUGCCGCUUAAGAUGGAAUUGAUAUAAUUAGCCAGUUUUAUUUACUGUGAUGUUAUCAAUGUGUUUAUUUUAACAAGGAUAUUUUGUUCUGUCUUUAACUUCAGCACUUUCCAUGCAGAUAUAUUUAGCAAAGACCCAUCACGCAGACAACAAGCUAAAAGUAAAUGGUUAGGCACACAGCAAAAGCUGUAUGAGAUAUUCCAAGAGUAUAUACCUCUGUCUUUUGGGAAAGAUGCAGCUGCCACCCUUCUUAAAACAGGUGCGUUAAAUAGGCAUUACAAAUAUGUAAACCUAGAAAUCUAUAGCUGUGACCUAGUAACAAAGCAAGUUUACUAGAUACCGCAAAACGUAUUUUGUUUUUAGUGUAUGUAGAUUCAGGGAUGUAUGUGUGGAGGGUCAGUCAAAGUGUGAAUGUAUGGGUUUAUUAGUGUGGAGUGUUAGUGUGUGUGUGUGUGUGUGUGUGUGUGUAUGCGAAUGCAUGCAGGUGUUUGUGGAAGUCUAGUUUGUGUUAAUGCAGAGGAUAUGUCCAUGUGCGUGUGUGUUUUGUGAAUGUGUGUGAAAAUUAUAGAAUAACAGUUUUCAGCACAUUCUCAGAAAUGUGGUACUUGUUUAUAGAUGCCUAUAAGGUUAUGUUUUGUUUGCCUGUGACCUUCAACAAACCUAAAAUGGGUAUAUGCUAUUGUUAAAUUGGUUUAUUUAUCAUUUUAAUUUAAAUGAGGGAAAUUACAUAUGAUAAAUGGCUAAUAGUAAUCUAAUAUGAAGGGUAAUAGAAUCAUUAAUGGAGUCCUACAAGAGAGUAGGGAUUUCUGAUCUACAACAACAUAGAUUGGAGCUUUCUGUUUGUAUUCUUAGUACUGGAACAGGAAAUAGACCAAGCCUUCUGCGUGACUGGUAAUCCAGAAAACCACUUCCAUUGCUUUGAACGAAUAAUCACCGACAUAAAACAAAACCUAUCCAACAAGCGUGCCUCCGAAUACAUGGACAUCCUCCCAAACAAACCUGAAAUUAACCACGUGCUAUUUGAUGCACAGCAGCAUGUGAUCAAGGGAAUUCAUCAAAGAGUAUGUUUGGCUUAUAUUACUUUGUAUCAUAUUUAUUGUUCUGAACUUCUCAUUCAUAUAUAGUUGCACAAUGUUGAACAAGGCUUUUCUUGCCUGUCCACCUAUCCAGCCUGUCCUAUGAUGUUAAUAAUGUUUUGUUGAGCUCAAUAUGUGAAAUUGUAUAUUAAUUAGUUUUAGAAUUUUUCACAAAUUUUGAUUGAACCGUUUGUUUGUUUUUUCCCAUUAUUACACUCAUGAGACUCACCAGGAUGAAACAACUGUGGCUAGGCAUUUGUUGAUUUAAAUCAUACUACAUGCUUUGGCACAUAAGCUAUGCUUUAAACAAAAUGUCACUGAAAACAGAGGCUACUAGGAAUGGAUGGAAAUGUAGGAGUAACGAUAUUAUUGGUGUAUAUUUUGCUUAACAUUCUGUUGCCAAGAUGCUGAGUUUGGGGCAAGUUUUUGCUAACGUAAAUCAACGCUGCAUAAUUUUCACAUGUCUAAAACACAAAUAAGAUGGCUAGGUAAACGAAGGCCUCAAUUCCAUUCUACUGAAUCUACUGGUUCAGCUGAUCAUUUUAAAAAGUUUGUGCUGUUAAUCAUUAAAAAAAGAAAGUAAGUAAAAGUCAAUUUAAAGGGACACUCCAGGCACCCAGACCACUUCUGCCCAUUGGAGUGGUCUGGGUGCUAACUCCCACUACCCUUAACCCUGCAACUGUAAUUAUUGCAGUUUUUAUAAACUGCAAUAAUUACCUUGCAGAGUUAACUCCUCCUCUAGUGGCUGUCUAUGAGACAGCCACUAGAGGGCACUUCCUGCUUCAUAGCACAGGUUUUCUGUGCUAUAGCGUCGCUGGGCGUCCUCACGCUAUUUGAGGACCUCCAGUGUCGCUCAAUUCCUCAUAGCAAAGCAUUGAAAAGCAUUUUCAAUGCUUUCCUAUGGGGAGGUCUAAUGCGCGUGCUCGGCUGACGUAAGGAAGGGGAGGAGCUGUGGCGACCUGAAACCACCGCCGAGGGACAUCGGCGGGGGUCUCAGGUAAGUGACUGAAGGGGUUUUCACCCCUUCAGCAACUGGGGAUGGGAGGUGGGAGGGAGAGGGGACCUGCAAUCCGUUUUCUUGGCACUGGAGUGACCCUUUAAAUAAUAAAGCAGGGAUGAUAUAGUGCCAUCCCCAUUGAUGGGCGUUGGGGCUCUAAUUAAAUAUACAAGAGGGGAGGACGUGCCCAGGGCCGGUUAAACAUAGGGGCUGAUGUAGCUGCAGCUCCAGGCCCAUGCCCAUGGAAUAGGCCAAUUGUUAAACUUUUUUUUAAAACUUUUUUCUUUUACUACUCUUUACAUGCUCUUGCUUAAGUAUGAAAACUUAAGAGGGAUGUAGAAGAACAAAAAUUGUGUGGACUGGCUGACAAUUAAAUUAGUUAAGGUAAAGCUGACUUUGUGCACUAUACAAAUUCUCUUGCUGCGUCAGUCUCUCUAACACUGUGGCAUGUUCCCUUUCUUCUACACUCAAUACAUACACCUAUUCUCUGUCCCACACUGAAUAACAAGAGCUUCUGUCCGCUAGUAAGUGGAAUGGACAAGUGAGUGCUAGGGGACAGUCCUUAGAAAGCAGGACGCGAGGGUAUCAUUAGACACAUUUAUGCCAAGCUCAGGGUGCUGUCUUCAUUGUUUGCUCUUUGUUGGCCAGUCUGCAUGAUUGUCAGGGAGCCUGUCAUGAAUUUACACUAGGAUGACCUUCUAAUUCUUCAGGUCUACUCGCACCCUUUUUGGGCAUGUUCGCUCCUUUGGACAGUUUGGUUACCCCGCCCACCGACAUUCUGCUUCAAUGAACAGGCUGUUAGGGGGUAUGAAUUUACUUAAAAGAUGAAAGCGAGAGAUUAGCAUAGGGUAUGUGUUUUCUGAUAGCUAUAUCCUGUGAGUUUCCCUCCAACACCACCUCCACCAGAUACAUGACUCUUGGGAGGUGUAACAGAUCACCUGACACCCCGACUGGGUCGAUGCUCCUAGCACUUCCUGAGGGCUCCAAGCACUCCAGCCAACAUCAUAACCACCGUAGACUUCUCCAGAGAGCAAUGCAGGAACAAGCUCUUACAAGAGCUUAGUAGUGAUUUAGCAAGGGAGUAUGACAAGCAUAGCAAUCCCUUGUAGCAGAUUCCCCCAAUAAGAGACGGCACUCCAAAUUGAGGGUGAAGUAGAAUUGUCUAAAACUUUAUUUUACUUGAGACUAGCCCAUAUGGUCAUUACAUUAACAUUGCUGUGAAAACUCAAUAAAAUUACAAACAGUCAAAUCAUACCAGGCAACAUACAGUGACUUAUUAUAAUACAAUUACAUAUUUAUAAAUGGGUGGGGAAGACCGUAAUUAACACAAAAUGUCUCUCUUGCAUUCAGAAUUAGCGUUAUGCAAAUCUACCCGAAUAUGCAAAUUACCAGUCUUGCUAUUCAGGUAGUGCAUAUUACUGUUGCUACCAACAGAGGGCACUACACAAGCUCCAUAGCCAAAUCCACCUAGUUGGUAGCAAUCCUCAGCAGUACAGGAGAGCAGGCAAUACAUCCCAGGGGCCAUAGUCACAUGGCAGGAGGCUGGCAAUCAGUCUUCUCCAAUGCCCAGUGGCAAGGCUGGUUCCGCCACAGGAGGUAUAACUAUUUUAGUGCUUUCUGUCCAUAAGAUUCUGUAAUUAGGCCCAUCACAAUUGUCAGCACCAGGCACAAUGGGCUCUUAAAGGACCACUAUAGUGCCAGGAAAACAUACUCGUUUUCCUGGCACUAUAGUGCCCUGAGGGUGCCCCCACCCUCAGGGACCCCCUCCCGCCGGGCUCUGGAGAGAGGAAGGGGUUAAACACUUACCUUUCUCCAGCGCCGGGCGGGGAGCUGUACUCCUCCUUUCCUCCUUGCUCGCGACGUCAUCGGCUGAAUGCGCAUGCGCGGCAGGAGCCGAGCGCGCAUUCAGCCGGUCGCAUAAGAAGGCAUUUACAAUGCUUUCCUAUGGACACUUGCGUGCUCUCACUGUGAUUUUCACAGUGACAAGCACGCAAGCGCCUCUAGCUGCUGUCAAUGAGACAUCCACUAGAGGCUCUGGAGGCUGGAUUAACCCUCAGUAUAAACAUAGCAGUUUCUCUGAAACUGCUAUGUUUAUUAAAAAAAGGGUUAAUCCUAGAGGUACCUGGCACCCAGACCACUUCAUAAAGCUGAAGUGGUCUGGAUGCCUAGAGUGGUCCUUUAAUCUGGCCCUGGAUGUGUCAUUAUUCACGACCCCAAAAUGCCCACAAGUCCCCCACACAAGCAUCUAGAGGCUUGCAAGCCCUAGCCAAUCUCGAAUAAAAUAAACUCUGCAUACUCCCUCACCCUAAUUAUUGUAUGGGACUGGGGCAAUUAAUCUAUUACCUGUAAAAAAAAAAAUCAUAUUUACCAUCAAAUGUCUUAAUCUUCAUUUCUUCAGUCUCAAAAACCCCAAUAAGACCCGAUAAAAUGUAUAAUAAAAAAAAGAAUGCAUCGUAAGAAAAAAGAUGAAAAAAUUGCAACACCAAAAAAAUUAUCCAUCUUUGGCCAUCGAGGGCUCUACACAGACUAAGCUUUUAUAGUGGGAAAAACCUUUAUAAGGGCUUCCACAUGCUAUGCAAUUUCAGUCAGAUAUUGUUUGGCUUCUAAGUCAACCAAUCAGAGCACUCUGACAGGCUGCAUGGGAAAAUGUAAGAAAAUUAUGUCCUUUGUCUGAUUUCCAUACAUCAUCACCAACAAACUUCACUACCAGUAACUACAUACAUUUCUAUUGCGAUGUAUCUUUUUCACUAGUAAUUUGUUCUUGAAUAAUAAUGUGCUGACGGCAAUUGUGAAAUAAUUGCAACACGUGGUUAAAGAAAUACUUCCAUCAUCUCCCUCUAUGCAUCUUUCAGCUGCGGCAUACGAAUAUCUACAAGAACAAUGUCAGCUGGGGAUGGGAUGGAAUAAAUCCAAUUACCAAUAGAUCUCAUGCCUACUACCUUGAUCGCCUUUGUCGGGAUUUCCAGAGAAAUGUUACUACACAUUUCAACAGGUCUGCUUACAGGUCACCUUAGAGACUUAGAAUAUCAUUUGAAAGCAUACAUGAUGAUUUAUUGGGGAAGAUUUAAGACAAAAUCAUGUGCAAUUUGGGCCAAAGUGUUGGGGUGUGUAAUUUACUCACCAAAAGUCAUAAUGCUUUGCUGUGUUUCUCUGGGCAGGACAGAGAGAGUAUGUUUAGUUCUAACCCAAAAAGGGAUUUGAAACCCACAUUUGGGGCCGAAUUAUUCACUUUCUGGCUGAAGCUGUCUCAUUUUGCUAGUAGGCGGAUGAAAAAGGAGAUGUUCAGGGCACUGAUUUUGAAAAAAAAAAAUGCCUCUUCAUUUAGUGAAGAAAAUGCCUCAUAGAAAUACACAAAUCAAAAAAUAAAGUAUUGGAGAAGCUAUCUUAUAUUUUCAUCCUAGAGACACAAUGCAUACCUUGGCUAGCCAAAAUGUAGUAUUUUCAUCUAUUGUUUAAUUUCAACUUCAGUGAUUCCUCUUAGCCUAUGACUGAUAAAGAACCAUAGGAGUGACAAACGUGCACUGCAGAGGACACACUAAAUUAGAGCUACAGGUUUAUUCACUAACAUGAGAGUUAAAGGUGAAUUUAAAGUGAAUUUCAAAUGUAAGGUCACAGGAACUGAAAUAAAAGCAUAGCUCACUUAGACCUCCAGUUCGCUAAUUUGAAUUACAGGGACACUAUAGUCAAAAAAACAACUUUAGUUUAAUGAAGCAGUUUUGGUGUGUAGAUCCUCCCCCUACAGUCUUAAUGCUCAAUUAUCUGUAACUUAGUUAAAUCACUUUGUGUAUGCAGCCCUAACCACACAUCCCUGCAUGUAACUUGCACAGCCUUCCUAAACAUGUCCUGUAAAGAGUAAUUUAAUGUUUACACUUCCUUUAUUGCAAAUGCAGUUUAAUUUAGAAGUUUUUUAAAUCUCCUGCUCUGUUAAUAGACCCUGCAGGAUCCUCCUGUGUGUGAUUAAAGUUCAAUUUACAGAGCAGGAGUUAAAAACUUUUUUAAGUAAGUUACAUCUGAAAAGGAAAACAUUUUUUUAAUGUAGGAUGUGUCAGUCACAGCCAGGGGAGGUGUGGCUAGGGCUGCAUAAACAGAAACAAAAGUGAUUUAACUCCUAAAUGGGUGAAACGUCAGAGGCAUGAUCUAUACACCAAAACAGCUUCAUUAAGCUAAAGUUGUUUUGGUGACUUAGUGUUGCUUUAACUUUAAAUUCUCUCCUAUCGUGCCACCUAGCAAAUUACAGAAACUAAAGAGACUAAUAGGAUAAUAGCUUGUUUACCCCAACAUAUAACUAAAAUAAAUCACUCGUAGAAAAAGGUUACAAUAAAAUAGAUUGAAUUAGAAAACGUGAUUUUAUCUAGCAUUCUUUACAAGAUGAACACAUAGAAACAUUUAAAUUAUGACUCCAUGUAAAAUUCUUUGGAAUGGCUUUUAUAUCAAAUAGAAUACACAUGUGAUAAAAAUGUAUGUUUAAACAAAUGAGGCUUGUCUGGUAUGAUUUUUAUUGUGGCAUUUAGAGGGAUAGACAGGAGAAACAUUACUUAAAGGAACACUAUAGUGUCAUGAAUUCAAAUGUGUAUUCCUGACACUCUAGGUGUAAAACACCAUUUAGUCCACCUUGCUCCUCUACCUUUUUCUGGCACUGCGUGGGUCUCCUUGAGGCUCCGCCUCCUUUCCUGAGAUCAUCAGUUCUGAUGAUCUCAGCCAAUCUAAUGCUUUCCCAUAGGAAAGGCUAAGGCACACGUGCGGCAAAACACUGUGCUGCGCCAUUGAGCAUCUCCUCGUAGAGAUUUAUUAAAUCAAUGCAUCUCUAUGAGGAAUGUUCAGUGCCUCCUUGCCAAGCAUGGACACAGUGUGCAGCACUCUCUGAAAAGGCAGUAUUUACAUUAAAAUGCCUGCAGGGACAUGACGUAGACACCAGAAUAAAUACAUUAAGCCAUAGUUAUUCUGGUGACUAUACUGUCCCUUUAAAUUGAACUGUAAAAGACUGAUUCUAAAUAAAAGUGUUAUCCUGACCUUUGCUUAGUGAUCUUGAUGACUAAAAUUUUAAUAAUGGUCAGUGACUAAAUAAAGCACUCAUGAGAAUAAACUAAUUGUAGCUCCUAAAGUACUGAAAAAUACUUUCUGUAGCACAAACGUUAAAUAUAGACAAUUAUAUGAAUUUUGGAUCCAUAGUUACUUGUUUUGGUGUUCACUUGCUCACAAUAAAUUAUUUGAUGUUAUAUAGUUAUAUAUUAUGUUAUAUACUUGUUUGUCCAAUACCAUCAUUUCUCUAUAUAUUUAAUUUGUUUAUAUAUAUUUUUUUCCUUAGAUCGACUUAUUUGCAGAAUUUGCCAGAGAAGACAAGGAAUCGUGAUCAUGUUUUCAGAAAUCAAAGAAACGAGGAGAUUUUAGAACAUGCAAAGCACUGCCAUACUCUGUGAGUCCAGGCAUCCAGUGUCUUACACGUUUCAUUCUUUACAGCUUGCCAUUGCCCAUUAACACCCUUUUCUCCUUGUUACAUAUCCUGUAUAUAGUUUAAAUGCCAUAUGCAGUUGGUACUUUAUCUUAGUUUUUGACAAUGCAAAAUAAGCCUGCAUCAAUCAACUUUAUAUCCAUUUUAAGUGCCUAAAAGUGAAAUAAGAUAAUUCUGGAAACUGAUUUUUAUCUCUUACAAAAUAAAAUGGAGAAACAAGGAAAUACUUCAAGCCAUCAUAUUUAGAUGUUUAUUUGUUUCUAUUGCCUUGUCUCUGUUACUUUACAGUGUUAACUGCUUUAUGGAACGCGAAACAUUCUUGCAGGAGGUUGAAGAGUGCACUAAGGCUGCUAGAGGAUAUGUCACUGUGAUACAGGGAGAGCAGGGCAGUGGGAAGAGCUCCGUUAUGGCCAAACUGGCCUCCUUGGCCAACCAGUGGAUAACCGGGUAUGUCCAUGUCAAAACUAAACUCAUGGAUCUGUCAUUCUUUCAGCAGUCAGUGGUAAAUGUAAAUUAUGUUUAAGACUUUGCUAUGUGCCUAGUCACAACACAAAUCUAGAACACAGACGUUAAGUGCAAAGCCAUUUUUGUGACAUAGAUACAUUAGAGCAGGUGACUGAAGCAAUGGUAUACUUUCCUAAUUAUAGUGGAGAUAGUGAUAUUAUGGAACACUAUUUACAGUGGAACGUUUGAGGUUCCACCAAAACAUUUUGAAGUUUGGUUCUCAUAAUAAGUUAUUAUAUAUACUUUAACAUAAUGUUUUACAAGCAAUUCCUGGAAAGAAAACAUGUUAAUGUCAGUCAUCAGCUGUAUGGGGAUUUAAUACUGUAACUGUAUCUUCUUGUUUAAUCCAUCUCAGUAAAUAACACAGUUUGCUCUUCUGCUUUCUUUUCACUAAUUUAUUUACAUUAUCUGUGAUAUGACUAUGAUAUGAUAUAAGAUCUAAACUGGAAGAUACUUGAAUCUAAUUCAUGGAGCCCCAAAUAUAUAAAUAUAUAUAAUGUAACAACAAUAAAGAUAUUGACAAUCAAUAUUAAAGGGGAGAGAAGAACAUGUACCUUGCAGAAUUUCAUAAAAAUCACAGUAAACACACCCCGCACUUUCUUAACACUUACACUACCCCUACCACCCCCUACAGCCCCCUAACCAUUAACUCCUACACUAUCUGUGUUAUAUUGUAUAUAUUAUGUUUACAAUGCUGUAAACAGAGCCCCUCGUGGCAUUAUUUUCCUGUAAUACUCAGCUCUCACUAUGUAUCUCUCUUGCUCUUUCUGAGAUAAGUACAAAGCAUUGCUCUCCUUUGCAACCUGUAAAAUUAAUAAUUUAUCAAUAAUAAUAAUACACAAACACAUCAGUUCCAAUCUAGCAAUGCUACUCAAAAUUAGCAUAUUUGUCUUUAACAUGAUCAUGUGUGUUAUUGAUUGCAACACUGAUUUAAAUGAAGUCCUUAUACUCCAUGUUUUAAACGAUAUCCCCAACGGAACAGUGAAACUUUCACUAUUUGCAGGGGGAGACCAGGGACCACUGGCCCAGUGAAAUAAGAAUAUUCUGUUUGAUUACUUAUACAUAUUACUAUUGGGAUGUGUGUCUCUUUUGUCUCUUUGUGCCACAUGUGUCCAUUUUAAAAUCUAUGAAAAUAUCUGUAUUAGUGAUGCAUCUCUUUUAUGAAUCUGGUAAACAUUUCCUUUGAAUACACUGUAACACAGGGAUCUAAGGAUUGUCACUCGGUUUAUUGGCAUCACUGGAGAAAGUCGAGAUAUACGUUUGUUACUACAAAGCCUUUGCUACCAGAUUGCGGACAUAUACAACCUUUCGACACAUUUCUCAGAGGUAUAUUGAAUUAUUUAAUUAAUGGAACAUCAAAUGUUGCCUCUUUGAGCAUUGGUUAAACUAACCUAUAGUACUUAUAAGAAAGAAGAUGUGGAACCUACUAGCACCUCCAAAGCUCUAACACAAAGAUUUUAGUUGGUAUCCAGAGUCAUUUGUAACAAUGUAAUUUGUUGCUUAGCCCUUCCAAUAACCAAAUUGAGUAUAAACAGUUUUAUUUUCAUGUAGUUAGCAGUGUGAAAGCUAGUCCAUAAAGUGUCACUCACCCUUUAGUUAUGAUUGCCAGCGAAAAGAGGAAUACAUUUUUCUGACAGAAGCCACUAGUCAUUGAUAUAAUGCCUGUAAAUUUGCUGAAAAUGUAAGCUCAUCCUGUACUUCCAAACAGUACAGGAAGUUUCAGUAUAUCAUAUUAUUCCUACAGUCAUGGAGGGGGAGGAGUGAAAGGACCAUUUUACUAUUAGCAUUAUAUUAGCAGUCCAGAGAUUGAUAAAUAUUGCCAUAGUAAUUUUAAAUACAUUUAUUUUAUAAAUAUUUUAUUUAACUGCAAUUACUGUAUGUUGGCAUUAUGUUCAUAUGCCGGCAUUCGUUUUACAUUCUGAUGCAAUCUUAGUGAGCUGUACUGCUAAUAAUACCUUCGUGGCCUACAGUAUAUGCAAGACAUUUGACCUUUUUUGUUUAUCUAAUUUUGUGACAGCUAGUGUAUGUAAGAAAAAUGUGCAUUUUUGCUUUUAUACUAGCAUUUCAGACCAUGCAGGUGACACGGGUCUGGUCGGGAAGGGGUACUGACCAGAGCAGCAACCUCUAUAUGUUGGAACCCAGCAUACUCAAAAAUCAAGCCAAAGACUAGUGUAUUGUUAUAUACAAAGAACACAAUCGAAUUAAAUACAAGAACAGAUAACUCAAUGUAAGAGAAAGAAGCCCACUGAAAACAGGGAGGACUCUGGAUAUCUGGAGCAAGGAGACCUCUGGAUACAGGGAGCCAGGACCUGAGGAACACAGCUAGCUCAGGAACGCAGCUAGCUCAGGAACUCACGGAAGGCAGCUACCACAGGAACUCAGGGAAGGCAGCUAGCUCAGGAACUCAGGGAAGGCAGCAUGUUCAGGAAUUUAGGAAAGACAGACAGCUAGCUCAGGAACUCAGGAAAGACAGCUAGCUCGGGAACUCAGGAAAGAUAGCUAGCUCAGGAAUUCAGGAAGGAAGCUAGCCCAGGAACUCAGGAAGAAAGCUAGCUCAGGCCCUUAGGGAAGCAGCAUCCUCAGGAACCCAGGGAAUCAGCAUGAUCGGGAACCACAGAAUGGUAGUGGCACUGUGAGGUACUGCACCAAACAUAGUAAACAGAAUUGUGACAGUGAGACACAUUACAAAAUAAAGGAUACUGUAAAGCUUUUAAUUUCCCAAAUAUUUUUAUAAAGGCUGAACGAAUAAGUGAAAAAUGGAAGUUGGGAAAACGUACAUAAUUUUAAUUUAGUUGGUAUGCACAGCAAUCUAUAAACAAAUUUGCUGUGUGAUAUGUUUAUUUGCUAACCGUGCGUCUAUUGCUUCAAAUAACUGUUAUGCUAAUAUUUCUUCAAUUAGAAAGUGCUCAGUAGUGAAUGGGUUAAAGAGAAUCAGUUAUAAGGUAUCCAACGUAAGACAGCAAUAGACAGCCCAAACAUUUGAUGGGUUUUACAGAUGUUCUUUUCCAUAAGGCUCUAAUUGAGUACCUCUUAAUGAGAUACUUCAAACAACCACCAACAUAUUUUUCCUAGUUCCUAAAAGGACCACAGGGGGCUCUUCAUCAGGUCUGUAGGCAUAUUUAUACACUGACAGAAACUAUACAGAUAUCAUUCUGUAGGACUUUUUUGUACAGAAAUAACAAGCGAGACUUGCUCUCAUUACACACUAAUCAAGCUCAUGGGUUGACUACUGGAUUAAUGAAUGGGUGGAGAAGAUUGAUUUUGGAGAUUGCUAGUGUGUGGCAUUGGUCUAUUCAGUCUGCACUGAGGGUCCAGGAAUAGUCUGUAAUCCAGACUUAUUUUGGGUCGUUCUGUAACGGUUCCUUCCCAAGGUCAUGUAACUAGUCCUUGUAGCAUAGAAAGGUAUUGGUAAGGGCAAGUAACCAGAAAAGUAAAAAAAUAAAGGUGAGAUAUACCUACAGUAUAUUCAAAAGCCAACUAAAUACUCUUUGACCUAUUGGACAUCAUUAUGUAACAUGCAAGGAUCGUGUUGUUAGGGAGUUAGAAAAAUGUAAUUUAUAUAUAAGAUCACCCGACACUGGCGUUAAUAUGAGAUUUAUGUGCUGUAAAGGUUUGAAAUCCUUAAGGUAAGACAUAAUCUCUGUGUGUCUCAUACAAUAUCGUGUCUUUUGAAUGAAUAACUAUAUUAUCUGUCUUCCUUCAUUUUAAGGACUUAAAAGGACUAAUAAAUGAGUUUUCAUCGUUGCUGGAGUUUGCCACAGAUAGCAUGCCUCUGAUGUUGGUAUUGGAUGGGAUAGACGAGUUAUCAGAGAAUGAAGCUAAACUUUCCUGGUUACCUGUUAUAAUACCACAGCAUAUCUAUUUCAUUGUCUCAGCUUCCACAGAGUCUGACUGUGCCUCAUUAAAAAACUUACAGGUAGUUACAUUUUCAUCAAGGUGUAUACUGUACUGUGUAGGUACCAAAGAGAGAAAUAUUAUUGAGGCCACAACCUACUCACAAGUAAAGAAUGUCCUAACUACAACUUCACAAUGUUGAGAAAUUGUUUUAAAAUGUCUGGCUCAAAUAUAAAAAAGUAUAAUGUUCAUAUUUCUAAAUUAACGUUCUCAUGUUUAUUUACAGAAACAUUCAUCACAUUUCAAAUUUCUUCAGAUACCAGCCCUCAGUAGCAUGGAAAUAAAUACAAUGAUUGGGUCAUGGUUGAGAAGGGACCAACGUAGACUCACCAGUCACCAAAUGAAUGUAUUGUUAGAAGCUUGUGUUACUUGCCCUUUACCACUUUUUGUGUUAUGUUCAUACACAGAGUCAUGUUUGUGGACUUCCUACACUUCUGACAAAGAUGCAUGCCUUCAGACUAAUCUUUCCAAAAUGUACUCAUGGAUCUUAGCAAGGCUUGAAAGGAACCACGGAGAACAGGUUGUUAAAAAAACAACUUCUUACAUCUCAUUUUCAAGAAAUGGUAUUACUCUAGGAGAACUAUUGGACCUUUUAUCUUUGGACCAGAUGGUUAUGAAUGAGAUUAAGCAGUAUCAGGGAGUUACUGUGUCUGUAUUUCCACAAGCUCUCUGGUUAAAGUUACAGAAUGACUUUGGGAUCCAUUUGGUGGAACAAAGGACAGACAACACUUAUGUGAUUAACUUUGCCCAUGAACUUUUCAGGACUGCUUGUAUAAACAAAUAUGUAAAGUCCAAGGAUUAUCAGCUUUCUAUCCACGCUUCUUUUGCCGAUUACUACUUAGAGAGUAAGAACCAACACAGCUCUAAUAACCAUUUAGCACCGAUGAUGCCUCUGUCAUGGUUGGCAAAGUCAGAGAACAAGACUGACCAUGUGUUUAACCAUCGUAAAAUCUUAGGAAUAUCUCACCAUCUUAUUCAGUCUAACCAGAUCUCACGACUUGUAACGGAAUGCAUAUUUAAUUAUGAAUACCUCCUGCAUAAAGCAUGGGCUACCUCUGUGAUUAAUAUACAGGAUGAUCUAAAGGCUGCUGUCAACCCUGAAAGGUAAGGGAGGUAGAACAGCGUCUACAAGUAUGAAUAGGUUUGAAUUGACAAUUGAGAGUUCAUGCAUUCUUGAGAGUUCAUGUUGACCUUGAGAAUAAGUUAAAAAAAAAAUAUUUUACCUUGAAGGGUGGCAAUGAUAGACAGUAUUUCGGUCUGGAAAGUUAUUUUCUGCAAUUUGUUUCAACUUCCUUAUCUACUUCCUCAUCUCAUUUAUUAACACAACAAUGUAGAUGGUGGGAUGGAUGAUAGGAAUGAAAAAAAUCCACUGUAACUAUCAGGCUCCAUUAGUCAGUAAAUCAUUUUUACACGGUGUCACAGUCUUUGCAUAUAGUUGUCUACAUACUAUUUUAAUUAAAAUCAAGUGUAACACAUUUAUACAUCUUUUUUUGAGUCAUUAAUGUUGCAAUGAUCCAUGAUCUUGUCUUUCUUGCAGGCCAAUACAGGAUUUGAAUCUGUUGUCCGAAGUUUUGCAAUUGUCCUAUGACAUUUUACUCCAUGAUCCAUGUCAGUUGGCGUCACAGCUGAUGGGACGUUUGCAUCAGAUAGAAUCCUCAGAUAAGCCUGUGGCUCCAGGUAUGAAUCAACUUGCACUAAUAUGUAUCUGUCUUCCACAGCAAAAAUACUGGAUUUAAACCUUGUAUAUCCAUCAUAUUAAGAAUGAUUUCUGACUGGAGGUCUGGUCCAAAAAUAUAUUAUAGGUUUCGUGGGCAAAUGGCAUGCUUGGGAUAUGGUGACAUACAUACUGCCUUGUUAUAAUCAUCCUGUGCAUGGGAUGUCUCUCUCUACCUGUCUGACAGGUGUGGGUUGUGUUCUUGUUAAAACUUAAUUAACUCCAAUUGUUAAGGCUAAUUACAAAACAGGUAUAUGGAUACAGCUAUACAGGUAUAUUGAGUUCUAUGGAGUUUGUGUCAUGUGGUAGACAGUUUGCGAUAGUUGAUAUGUCCAUGUCACUCUGUUAACAUGUUUCCUUAUCUCUGCCCUCUUUUGUACUCUGAGAUUUUAUACUCCUGUCUUAAUCUGUUUGUUAUAAUAAGUUUUAGGCGUUUUCGAAUUUCACAAACAUGUAAAAUACACAUAAACUUGUGAAACACCAUCUUAAACAUUUCAUCACUCUGUCAUUAUGUCUAUAAAUGUGCCAUUUGCACUGUGUGACUAAACAAGUUGGAUUUACUGGCCCUUGUAAAGUGGUGUUAAUGACACUAAUACUGGAUGAAGUGUCAUUCCCAUUACUCUAGAAUUAGUUGGAGGUGCAAAGAAUUUCUUUAGAAUGUUUUGUUAUAAAGCUUAAAGGUAAAAUUCAAUGAACUAUUGUAUUUUCUUGCUUUAGUUUUGAGAGGUUAUUUAAAUAUUAUUUGUGUUAUUUUUAAGAAAGUUUGGUAUUAUAUAUAUAUUUUUUCCAAUUACUACACCAAGCUCAGUGUAUCAAUAGAUCACCAAGUAAUGGUUCAAUAAUGUGCCUGGGUUUACAAUUAAAUUCACUGUUGACUAGUAUACUUAGACCUCUAUAUAAUAUUAUUUUUUAGCUUUUUUAGCUUUUGAAAUGUUGGCCAUUUGUUAAAAAUAAAACAACUUUUCAAAUGAUUUCUCUACAGAAAGUCCCAUAGACGUUAAUGGUUACGUCUGUAGAAAAAAUCAUUUGAAAAGUUUUGCAAAUAGCUAGUGAUCAUUUCAAAAGUUUAUCCAAAAAAAUUUACUUGAGGCCUAUCUUUACUAAGAGGUGAGAAAGUAAAAAAAAUAUUAUACUUUAUUCUAUAAAGUACUUUGCCUACUUUAAAAAAAUCUAUGUAAUACGACUGUAAUUACUCAGUGAUAGUUUUGCCAGUUUCUGACAUAAAACAACACUUAGUUGGAAUGCAUUGCCCAAAAUGUAAAAAUAUUUUGAACACAAAACCUAUACAAUAUUCAGGUUUGUGUGAAAAUAUAAAAAUUUUUAAUAAUAUAUUAUUUAUUUUUAAACAAGUUAUAAAAUAAGGAUAGUAAUAAGCUAUAGACAACAUUGCUUGACAGCAAUUAUUACAAACAUAAAUUAUAAUAACAAAGAAAAAAUACUCAACAAAAGGAACCAUGCAUGGGAGCUAGCAAAGAGUUGACAGACUCGAAAGAUUCUGUGCAAAAAGGUACAAGAGUAAGUGCCAUGGAACUAUGUGACAUUCAACAUACAGAGCAAAUAAUUGUAUUGUCCAAGGCAAUAGUGAUAAACCUUCAGAAAGAUAAUGAUACUGGAGUUGUUGUUACCAUGAAAACAACUCCACGAUGUUCUACAACUCAAUUGAGAGUCGGGAGGGACAUACAGUGCUGAAAUGACAGCAAAGAACGAGAAGGCUGAGGGUGGAACCAGAUAAUGCAUAUUUGGAAGUAAAAGUAAGUGAUUGUUUAAAAAUAGGGGUCAAGAUUAGACAACAAAAAAAAAGUAUGGUAUAAGAGGAGAAGAGCAGAACUAAAUAAAAAGAGUAAAGGGAGUAUUCACUAAAGAGGAUGGUUGAAUAUUGAUUUCUGGUCACAAUGCCAUCAGGUAUGAAAGUAAUAACUCAGUAGACCCAUUAAAGGAACACUCUCAGCCCAUAAUAGUUUAAGCAUAUUUAAGUAGUUAUUGGGUAAGGAAUGUCUUGGCCAUUGGCGGAAGAGGAAGGUGUAACUUCACCUCUGUCUGCAUCAAUGGGACUUCAUUAGCCAGCUCAGAGUUCUGAGUGGCUAAUGUAAAUCCUGUGCAAAUUUGGCAUUUGAUGCCUAUGGCUGCAUGCCCUCCCCCCUCCUCCCAACCAUGCUGCCCUUAUCCUACCAUCAGUCCAUCUCCCUGACCUUCCUCACCCUCUGGCAAGAGAGAGCGACGUUAGCCAUGGAGGAUUGGGCUGUAAGGAGAACUUGGCUUUGGUGCCGGAUCGAAGUGAGCUUUAGUUUUUUUAAUGGGGAGGGUGACGGGGGCAGCACAGUAAGGAUUACUCUAACCAAAACCAGAGUUUUAUGAAAAAACUGUUUUUUAGUUGGAAUAACUAUUUAAGUUUUUCUGGAGUUGUUUGGUAACACUAUGAGCUGGGAAAUGAACAUUAACAUGCUCUUUUUUUCUGCUUUUGCCUCUGGUGUCCUCAUUUCAAACAUAUAUUACUGAAUACAAUAAAUACAUUGAGCAUAUUAUACAGUUUCCUAUUAUAAAGUGAUCCUAUAUUUGUUAUUGCAGGUGAUCCAAGGAAGUAUCCUUUUUUGCCAUCUUUAUUAUCUCAGUGUACACAGUCAUCGAUCCCUGUGUUUGUGCCGUCAUUCACCUGCCUUUUACCUCCUGGAGGACUUCUCUAUGAAACUAUAAAAGGUAAAUUAUAAUAGAACAAGUAUUCAAACUUACUUCUAACAGCCCUGUCCUUUUAGACUAUAUUCACACAGUGAUUACAUGCUAUUGGGAAUAUUAAUUUUGUGUGCAGUGUCCAGAUUCUCAAAAGUGAUUACAAAAAUUACAAGAACCAUUGUCUUUUACACAUGAACAACUUUUAAACAGUAAAGUAUAAUUAUUAUUAUUAGCAGUUAUGUAGCACCAAAAUUCUGCAGCAUUUUAUAAUAAUUCAAAUGGGACAGUUAGAAGUGAAGAAGACCCAGCUCAAACGGCCUUACAAUCUGUAGCAAUAAUUAAUCUGACUGAUCCAUUGUUGAUCAGAUAAGGACUUUUAAAAUUCAGAAUGAGUUUAAACUGUUAUAGACAUCGUAGACAUAUGCAGACUUAUCCUCCGAUUCGAAUAUUAGAGGAGUUUAUUUCCAAUAAAACAAAAACAAAAAAGUUUCGUUUUUCCCCCCCAAAAAUUGAGUUAGUUUCAAUUAUUUGUUAAUUGUAAUAAUGAUGAUUUAGUCUCACCAUACAAACCUUAAAGUAUUUUUCGACAUCUUAGAUUUAACCCAUGGGUUAACAUUGACAUGUAAAAUACAUUUCAUUAAUGCAGCAGUUCCUGAUAUUCUACAGAAUUAUUUAUAAAAAUUCACUCCCUGUUAUUUUUUAUAUUCUAGAUAUGUUUGUCAAAGUGACACUAACUGUUACUCUUUUCUGUAUUUAACAAUUGCUAAAAUUGAUCAUGGCUGUCCACAGCAUGGGACAAGAGAGGGCAAGUGUCUUGGGAAUUGCAUUUCAAUUGCAAUUUCUAAAUUUCUAAAAAGAGCCUAUAUAGACUAUGGUUGUGCCCCCCAACCACCAGACCUUUUUUUUUGUGGCUGUCACUGACACUGAAUGCUGAUUAUUUCAUAUAUGAAUUGUUAGUCAUACUAUACAAAAUGUACAGAAUUGUGUUAAAUCUUAGCAUUAAAAUUCGAAUUUCAUCAUAUGUAGGGCACACUGACAGUAUUACAGCAGUUGCAGAAGCCCAAGAUGAUCUGCAGGUAAUAACGGCCUCUAAAGAAGGCACCUUAAAAGUGUGGGACCUAACGACUGGAAAAUUUGUUUUCACUCUUCAUGGAGUUGGAAGAAACAUUGACUCGAUCACUGUCUGCAUGCACAACAAACUGGUUGCCGUCACAAAAAAACACAGCCUCCAAGUAUGGGAUCUUCAUCAAGGUAAAAUGGUUUAUGGCGCCAGUGACUUUUUGGAUGUUCCAAUUCUAACUUCAGCUUUGGAUGGUCAGCUACUUUUGGCCUUUUUUGAUGGAAGCCACUUAGUCAAGGUACGUUUUUGGUUUGGGUUUUUUUUUUCUCAUUCAAACAUAAUUCUUUUUGUCCUUGGUGCAUUUAUUCUACAGUGACUUUUUGCAUGUGUUACCUUUAAUUGUUUUUAGUCUAUAAUUUUACAGUGACUGCUUACUGUUGUAAUACAUUUUUUAAAAUACCCCCCCCCCAAUAAAUGGCCCCAUGGUGGGGCAUCUCUUAAUAAGCCUGGGAAGGGACAUAGUGUCCCCCCCGAGCCCCUACCUGUGCUCCGCGAGUGGGGGCUAUUCAAGUAAACAGGGGACAUAGGGUCCCCCUUGGCCCCCACCCCUGAGCUAGUGGGGGUCCUAAAUAAAAAAGGGGGGACCUAUUGUCCUCCUCUCCGGCCCCCACCCCUGAGCGGUGUGUGGGGGCCCUAAAUUACAAUAAGGGGGGACCUGUUAUCCUCCCCUCAUGAGACCCCCACCCAUGAGACCUGUUAUCCUCCCCUGGUCCCCACCCAUGAGCGGCUGGUGGGGCUAAAUGAAAAUGCUAAAUGAAAAUGCGGGGGGGACCUAUUGUCUUCUCCACCCCCCUGCCCCCACCCCUGAUUGGCGGGUGGGGGCCCUAAAUUACAAUAAGGGGGGGGAGCCUAUUGUCAUCCCCCCAGCCCCCACCCAUAAGCAGCGGGUGGGGGCCUAAAUGAAAAUGGGGGGACCUAUUGUCCUACCCCCCACCCUCCACCCAUGCACGACUGUGGAGGCUAAGUGUAAAUCCCCCUAGGUGACAAGGGGUCCCCACGGCCCUAGUCACUCCCCAUCCCAAAAUGUUUUAAUAAAGACCUACCUACCUCCCUCACCCUAAAAAUAGUGAGGGGGGAAUGAGAAAACUAGACCUCUGUAAAUAAAAAAUAACCAUUUGAUGUCUUCUUUUUUCUAAAAUCUUCUUUUUUCAGCCCCAAAAAAGGCCAAAUAAAAAUCCAUAAUACCCGUCGAACUUAUCAAAUAAAAUAAAAAUCCAGAGCGCAAAAAAGAGAAUCCGAUGGAAAAAAAAACACAGACGCUAAAAAAAUAAUCAAUUUUCACCCAGCAAGGGCACCGCACAGACUGAGCUCCGCAAGGCGGGAAAGCUUAUAAAGCCUUCCCAUGCCCUGCAAUUAGACUCAGAGCGCUUUGAUUGGUUGGUAAAAUGACACUGUCCUAAUUUGUUUUAUACCCCACCUCCUAUAGAUUGUAAGCUUGUUUGAGAAGGGUCCUCUUCAACCUAUUGCUCCUGUAAAUUUUCUUGUAAUUGCCCUAUUUAUAGUUACAUCCCCCCCUCAUAAUAUUGUAAAGCGCUACGGAAUCUGUUGGCGCUAUAUAAAUGUCAAUAAUAACAAUAAUAAUCAGAGUGUUAUUAUGAGUCAAAUUACACAGCAUGGGAAAAUUCCAAAGAACGUUCCCAUGCUGUGAAAAAUUACUCAGAGCACUCUGGUUGGAUUCCAAGCCAACCAAUCAGAAUGCUGUGACAGGUAAAUGUAGAGACUUACCUGACAGUCUCUUAAUUUACCUGUCAGAGUACUCUGAUUGGUUGGCUUGAAAUCAACCAAUCAGAGUACUCUAAGCCUAAAUGCAGGGCGUGGGAAGGCUUUAUAUUUUUCAUUUAGGGCCCCCAUCUGCCGCUCAUGGGUGGGGGCCGACGGGGGAGGACAAUAGGUCCCCCCAUUUUCAUUUAGGGCCCCCACCUGCCACUCAUGGGUUGAGACCAAGGGGGACACUAUGUCCCCCUUUACUUGAAUAGCCCCCACUUGUGGGGCAUGGUUGGGGGCUGGAGGGGGACACUACGUCCCCCACUAGUUAAUAGAUGCCCCACCAUGGUGCCAUUUGUUAGAGGGUGGAGGCUUUUUUUUUUACAAUAGUGAACAGACUGCUCACUGUUUAAUAUACAUACCCCUACUCGUGGGAUAGAUUGUAAUCUCCCUUAUGCUAUUAUGGGGGUCAUAUUGAGUGAGGGAGGACUUGGGGGCUUAGGAAGUGCUUAUAAAGCACUGCUCCCUGACGCUUCUAUUUUUACAUAUUACAAGGAGGGAGCUGCAAGCUUUCUGACGAAUGAAUAUAUGAAAUUCCUGUUCGAAUGCCCAAGUGUUUAACUGGGCAUGCGCAGGAAUUUCACAGCGCUAUCUAGUGUGGGCAGAUGACAGGGACUUCAUCUACCCAAAACAAAGAUGGUCUGGGCACAAAAUAAAGAUGAAAAAAUAGGUAAGCUUGGGGGUUAAGGGGCAUUUGGGUGUGACUCUGGGGACAAUUAAAUGUAGUGGAGUCUUGAGGGGGGGUUAAAAGAAAACUGGAUUCGGCCAUGACAGUACCACUUUAACUGCAUGUUCUCACUCUAUUACAAACUGUGGCGCUAUGUUACUAAUAAUGUCUUGCUUAGUUUGAGGAGCCUGUGUGUCUCGGUGAAUUCAAAUUCCUAGGACCUGCAUGUCCUUAAUUUCAUCUCCUACCCAUAACUAUUGAAAACUCUAAUAAACAGAUAUUCAUCUAAAAAUUUUGAGGAACAUUACUCUGGCACUUGAGUAACAGUGCAAUGUUCUUAACUGUACUACAUCUGUUUGAUAAUUUCCUAUACAUUUUAUUUUAGGUGUUUGACCUUGCAGACUCUUGCAAACUUGUCUGUCAAGUUGAUAUUCCUGCUGAUGAGAGGCCCAUUCACAAAAAUUAUUCUAUCCUGGUAUCCAGAAAUUCUGUGAAAGAUAACAUUCUAUUUGCUUACAGGUAAGGCAAAAUGCACAAAUGGUAACUAUACUUUUUACCUUAGUAUAGCUGCAGUACACUAGGGAUGUCCUGAAUACCAGUGGACAAGUAGCCUCCAAAUAAAAUAGAACAAUAAUAAAUCCCACCGACUUGCACCUUAAAAUGGCUUCCUGGAACAUCAGUAAUAGGGAGAAAAAAAUACACUUAGCCCGAAAUAUAUGCCAAAGUAACAAAUUUAUUAGAAAAGGGGGAGAAGGAUAUAUGUACUGCCACUAUACUAAUGAAAAAAAUAUGGUAAAAUUUAGCAUAUAACAGCAGAACACUAGGGACAUAGCAAGAUCCAACAAAGGGAGAGUCAGUUUAAGUAACCACGGCUUGAAGCAUCUUAUGCCCUGAAAGAUGCUUCUGCUAAAGAGAAGAUGUCUAGCCUGUAAUGAAAGAUCACUCAUUACCAACCCUAAUUUGGCCACUAUGGAAUGAUGGCUAUUUUUAUAUUUUGAGUGUGCCUUUAGUAUGAAUGUUGAUUUAAUAUUGGGAUAGAAGACAAUCUCUGAGAACUGACACUUCCCUGGAUUUUCAAUACUAUGCUUACUUAUGAGAAAAUAAGAAAUAUCUAUUUGUGAGGUGUGAAAAAUAAAUUAAAUGUAGAAACCCUCUUGGGGUGCCCCAUCUUAACUUUCUGUCAAUCAUUGUUAUAAGCCUAUAAUAUAUAUUUAGAAGAAAACUGAGAAUCCUGUGAAAACGGAUUAAAACAAGCUAUAGGUGAUAUCAAUAUUUUGCUCAGUGGUUUAAAAUUCAAUAAAGUGAUAGUUGCCCAAUAAAAGCCUUUCGUUAGGAAUUUUCUAAAGGCCCACUUCACAUUUAGAUUGUCGCACACUUACACACUCAAGCCACAUUUUCUACUUUUAGAGCUGUAGCUUGACUCCACUAGAAAAAGAAAAUGCCUUAUAAUGAGAGCAAGAUAUAGUAAGUAAUUUGCAUGAAUACUAAAUAGUCAGGAGAAGAAACAUAUCAAUAGCACAAAUGAAAAUGCAGUGGGGUCAAUCCAUCGACAAAUUAAACAAAUGUUAACAAGGAAUAUAAAGUGUAAUCAAAAGCCAUGCUCUAUAUGUUGCCCCCUGCUAUAGAGGCAGUAUAGGAAUGUAGGCUAACUGGAGGAGUUUAGAAGUGUGCAAAAGAGGUAAUUGGGACAAAUAAAUAAAUAACAUAAUUGGGAUCAAACGAGUAACUACAAAUUUAAAAAUGAAUUGUACGCGAUGCAAUACAAUAGGAUACAGAGUGUGUCUUAUUUUAAAAGCAUACAUUAUGUAUGCAAAUUAUAUUAUGUUCCAACAUGUGCAAACUGUAAAGAGACAAAUAUAGUCCUGUAAAUUAAUAUUAUUAUUUUUUUUUUUUUUAAAGAACAAUAUGUAAGGCAAAGUCUGGUGAUAUAGUAGAAUAAAAUAAUGAUUCCCGGUGUAUUAUGCUGUUACCCUUGCUACAUAUAGAUUUAAUGAUAAUUCACUACCCAACCACUGAACAUUAACAUGUUAAGGAUUUUACACAAAGAAAAAGAAAGUCCUUAUUAACAAUGUGAUUAGAGAUUUGCUCAUAUUUACACAGAGAAACAAAAGCUUUCAGCAGAACUGUGUAAUUUUCUUGUUGGUGUGACUGCUGGCAGAAGAAUGAGCCAUGUAUAAAUCUUCUGAAAUUCUAUUGUGUGGUCUUUUUUUUUUAAAUCUUUGCAAUAGGAGCGGUAAAGAAGCUAUGGUGCUGAGUGCCAAAAGAGGGGCCGUUGUUGCAAAACUAACCACACAAAACCCAGUAGCAUCUAUUCAAGGAGUGGCCGUAACUAAGGAAUACUUCUUAGUCAUUUGCAGGUAAAAAAAUAUCAGCUGCCAACAAUGUGAUGCAAUUUUCUCUAGGAUAGAGAUAUAGACUUAAUUCUAUCAUGUUCCUUGGCACCUAGUGUUUUUUGGCAUUGAGUAUUAUUAAUAAUCUGUAGUCCUUUAUAGUUGGAAUACAUUUAUGGUUUACAUGCUAGUUGUCAGAGUCUCAGUUGUAGUAACUAAAGUAGUCCACUAAAGGAUGUGAAACAACCUGAGGAUACGUAAGGAUUGAUGUCCCUUGUAUACCCAGGAACAACAACAUAUGUUUAGAUCAUUAAGAAAAUUUAAGAUUGAAAUCUGCUUAGCUGGGCCAUAGAUGUUUUACUAUCAUCAUCAUUAUUCUAUCUAUGAUAUACUGAUUAUUAUUAAUGUAGCUCCUUGAUUCAUCAAACAAUUUGGUGCACAAUGUUGUCAACCAAAAGCAGCACUCAUACUAACGUAGAUGACUUUCUAUGUUUCUGGUUUUUAAACAUGCAAAUUAAAAAACGCUGGAGGUGAAGCAACCACUGCAUGGAAUGUGCGCGUACUCAAAGCUGCAGCAAGAGGUGGUCAUGGAGAAUAUGGAACAGUUAAGCGGAGAGAGGGAUCUUGUUGGAAAACUAGUUAAAGAAAUGUAAAACACAAUUCAUGGGACAUGGUGAAAAGAGACUCUGAUGUAAUGCCUUUUAAUCAGUGUUCAAACGAAUCAAUCUAUCCAGGAUUUACCUGUGGAGUUUUAUUGAAUGAAUUAGACUUCAUAGGUAAAUGAGAGCAAGGAAGAACUGUCUUUUCUAGAUCUUAAGGUCACAUUUCUGACAUCAUAGAUUUAUUUAUGUUCUAGCCCUUUUACAUUGCAUAAUCUGUCAUUUUCUCUUAUAUUUUACAGAUACCCAUCUCUGAAGAUGCAUGAUAUUGUACACAUAGAACUGUUCAGUGUGCACACGUUUGCUUACAUACGUACAGUGAAAGGGUGUGGGCAUGAUUUCAUUACAAAGUUUGCUGUGAACCGACAAGGAUCUCAUGUCAUUGCCUUUUCCCAGUUACCCAACACCAACAUCACUGAAAUAUUGGUUUGGAAUUUGGAAACUGAAGACCACAAGCAUAUGGCAAAAUUCUCAUCAGUUCCUAAAGGAGGUUGGUAUUAAUUUAAAAUUACCAAAACCCUUUGGACUUUUCAUGUGUGCAUUCAAUGAAAAGCAUCAUCAUCAAUAAUCAAUCUUCAAUCGGUACUCUAUGUAAAUGUAAUCAUUUCAAGUCAUGUGUCUCUAUUUCUGGCAUUUUAUAAAAUAAUAAAGACUUACAUUUCCCAUUUUGUAGGAUUAUGCUUUGACCUUCGAUACUGCCUGGCUGUCUGUGAGGGAGAGAACUUCUUGCGAUCGUGGAACCUGGCCAGCCGUAUAAAUGACCAGUCUCUUACAGUGAAUAUUAAUAAAACAAAAAAGACUGAUGGAAUUCAAGAGGUUAUUACUAUGAAACAUUUCCCUAGGUAAGCUGUUGUGUUAACAGACAAAUCAUGAGUACCGAAUUUAAAAAAAAAAAAGUAUAACAAUUUCUUGUUGACAGACAAAGUUCUGUAGAUUCAAUGAUGCAAUGUUAAGGAACCACUUUCCCAAAUUCUUUCUACCUCUCUACUCAUCAAUACAUUACUGAAAACUAGACAGUAGUGAAAUUCUAAUACUUGAUGAACUUGAAACACCAUUGUGGUUCUGUGAUCCAUACAUCAACAAACAUAUCCAGAUUAGUUGUUUAUUGGCAUGAUACACAGCCUUGAUCAUAGGUGAAAGUGCCAGCAAGAACCCUUGAGUAGGACAGUCCUAAUCCAAUAAUUAUGUGUUUUCUGUUACACAUUGUAUCGCCAGGAAAUUCACAAUUGGUUCUUCUAUACUUUUUAUUUUCAAAAAUUCACACUUUUAACAAGAUAGCGCAAGAAGUUAGAAAAAGGGAACUCAUUUAUGUCCUUAAAUACAUUGCAAGUUAGGUUUCCCAAAACCUCCAUAUUAUUAAUCAUCCACUAAGCACAAAGUCAAUGGUAUAUAUCAUAAAUUGCAAAAAUGAUCAUAAAAAUGUCAAAAACAUCUUAAAAUAACAGUCUGUUUCCUUAGUUGGGUUCCUGGCGGACCUGUGGUUAGUUGCACAAUAUAAACUACUUAACUACACAGAAAAAUGUUAUAUCAAACAGACAAAUAACCUAUACACAAAAUGGACAAAAUACACAAUUACAAUUGCCUUCCCCAGGCUAAUUCUCUCUCAAGGAGUCUAUACACCUGUACACUCUAAUGCAUCCCUGAUAGAUCAAACCACUUCAUAGGCUAAACACAGAAUGCCACAUGGGCAGUGCUUUAAGAUGCCAAAAGUAGUCAAACUGUUUUAGAAUAGUUUGACCUUUUACCUGGGAUAAUUAGAUGCAACUCUCCACCACCACUACAGCGACCAGACAGCUGGAAUCUCCUGUUAAUCUCUAAGUAGUCUUAGCCAGGAUUAUCUCAGACAGAGAGCUUCCAGAGCUGUGCCCUUGAGACCCCAGGUAACAAGUCAAGCCAUUCUAAAGUAGUUUUACCAUUUGUAGUUAUGUAAUAGUUAUGGUACUUGGAGUGUUACUUUAAAGGGAAACUAUAGUCACCGGAACAACUACAGCUUAUUGUAUUUGUUCUGGUGAGUAUAAUCAUUCCUUGUAGACUUGUUGCCAUAAACACUGUAUUUACAGAGAAAAGACAGUGUAUGCAUUGCCCCCCAUGGACACUUCCAGUGGUCAUUCCUCAGAUGGCUACUAGAGGUGCUUCGUGGGGCAGUGCUGCACAGCGUGCAGCACAACAUUCAGGGUCUCCACCCACUGCAUAGAGACACUGAACAUUCCCCAUAGAGCUUAUUAAUUUAAUGCAUAUCUAUGGGCAAAUGCUGAUUAGCCAGGGUGGCGUUUGGCUACGCCCCCUAGCCCACCUUCUCGGUUGAGAUCACCAGAACUGAUAUUAUAAGCCAAUCCAAUGCCUUCCUUCUGAUGAUGUAAGCCAAGGGGAUCAGGGGGACAGUGGGGCUAGAUAGUGAUUUAAACACUAUAGGCUCAGGAAUACAUGAUUGUUUUCCUGACCCUAUAGUGUUCCUUAAAGUCUUUGUUUGUAAUUUCUAAAUCAGAACCAUUUAUUUUCAUAAAAGGGAAUGAUGUGAGUAUUUAUGGGGCAAUUACAAAGUUAUUCCCUACAAAAUUUCUAAAAGUCAGAUGCUCUAAAGAUUGGGUUUAUUGGCAUUUGCUGAUAUAAAAUCACCUUAAAAAUAAAGUGAAUGGACUCCCGGAGCUGGCUAGUGACUGAAUGUGUGAUAAAACCUAAUAGGUAUUAAAACAGUGAAAAGUGGAAAAUACAAAAAGGAUAGAGAAAAGAAAAUGAAUAAGAUAUGGGACAAUCAAGAAUAGAAAUCCAAUAAAUAAAGUAAAAGGAAGAAAAUAAUGUGUACUGUACCUUUAAAGUGUAGUGAUGGAUAAUACAAAGUAUGUGAAGAAAAGUGAGAAAUAAGGUUGUAAUAUAGGUGAAAGAUAAAGAGACCUGGACAACUACAAAUAGAUAUAGAUGAAAAUGGAGAUGGAAAUAAAAAUAUAGAUAAAAGUGACCACAAAGGUGAAAAUGGAAAUACAGAUAAACCGCAAAAACAAAUUCCUUGAAGGCAAAUGUGCAACUCAGGUACCUCAAUCCCCAACAGAAAUGAGGGGUAGAUGGUAUCUGUUUUAGAUUCAUAUACUUUGUAUUGACAAAGACCACAAAAAAUGAAAAGUAGCAAAAUCAAAUUGUCAAGCGUUACAGUAUAUAGAACUGUAAGCUUAGAUACUUAGUAUAGUAAUGAGCUGAAGCAACGUAACACUGAAUGAGUUAGCAAAAACAGUCCAGUUUAUUCAACAUAAAAAUAUAUGUAAAAAGUAUAAAAAUCACAAAAUAUAUAUAAAAAAAUGUUCAUGGAUGCAUUACCAGGCUUAUAUGUGUCACAAAUCAGCAAGGACCUUCGGAUUACAGGAGGAUGGAUCUGGAUAUUCUUUGGAAGUUUUGUUGAUGUUAUUCCGGCUGCCGUUGAGGACGGCGUGUUGCUGAGCGCACGCUCCGAACAAGAGCCUCACUCUUGGUAUCGUGCAGAACAGACGGUGCCGGUCGCUAGUAUUCCCAAAGGUCCUGCUUGAAAGGUGGAACUACCGCUGGUAGAUGCAAUCAGAAUCUUCCUCCAAAGGAAUUGUCUCCAAAGGAAGAUUCUGAUUGCAUCUACCAGUGGUAGUUCCACCUUUCAAGCAGGACCUUUGGGAAUACUAGCGACCGGCACCGUCUGUUCUGCACGAUACCUAUUAGGUUUUAUCACACAUUCGGCCAUCAGUCACUAGCCAGCUCCGGGAGUCCAUUCACUUUAUUUUUAAGGUGAUUUUAUAUCUGUUUUCUCUAUAGGUUUUUGGUGAAUCCCUAUCUUCUCCUAGUUUGAACGGUCUAAUGCUAGUCUGUCUCCCUCUUUCCUGUGUGUUACUCUAGGUAUACCAAAAUAGCUCCUUUAUUGGCAUUUGCUAUCUCGGACCCCCCAAAAAGUUAGUUUUCAUUUGUUCUUCCAAAUUUUAAUAAAAUGUAUACUAAAAUGGUCUAACAGCAACGGGGCAGAUGCUUUAUUAAUAUAAAACAGAAUUAUCUGAAUAUUGGAGUAAUGUUUGUUCUCUGAUGCCAAAAUACAGUUUACAGUUGGUAUUGUUUUUUAUUAAAAGGUAUGCAGUUUGUAGAAGUGUGAGGCCUGGAGUAAUUACAGUUUGGAACAUUGUAAAGUCAAAAUGCAAAGGUAGUGCCGUACGAGUGGAGCGUGGAUUGGUGGAAAACACUGACGUGGUACUAGUGAGAGACAUGAAACUCUUUAUCCUUACGGACAGAGGCAUGGCAUCCUUCACAGACACCCCAAGACCAAUUUUUCAGGUAUGCAGUAUUGAUGGGUUUAACAUGACACUUUAGGAUGUAAAGGGUAUUUGUCUUAACAAGUUCACUCCAUGUUGUAAUCAAUUCCUUUUGUACAGAAGGUUUUAAUAUAUGGAUGGAUUAAAAUAUUAAGAUGUAUCAAUCAACCUCUUCUUGGAUGAAAUGCUCAACUAUGGAAGAGGAUCAGAGUCUGAUGAGGGACAUUUAGAGCUGAUUGUUAUUUUGAUUUUAUUUAUUUAAGCACUACUUCAUGCAUAAUGUUCAUAAAUAAUCAACAUAAAUAAUAUACGCCUUGAAGUGUCCAUUUAGUCUGCAUUAUAUAUACACCACCUUAGGUUUUCAGUCUUUGUUGUAAAUAUAUACAAAGAGAGAGAGACACAGACAGAUACACACACACACACACACACACACAAAGAAAAAAUAAUACCAGGUAUUUAAUAUAAAAUGUGGGUGAGCAAAGCAUGUGUAGCAACAGAUUAAUUCACUAAAUGACGUAAAUAGCCCUGCUGCUGUGGAAACCAGUUAUGUUGGGAAGUCCGUUUAAAGAUCCAUGACCAUCACAAGUUGAGAAGUUUAUUUCUGAGUGUAACUGAGCUCGGCAGGUGUAAGCCUGACAAGUAUAGCUGUACAUAGUGUCACUGUUUGCAGCUAUAAUUAGUGCAAAUAGUAAACAAACAAACUUGCUAAGUCAGUCUGUGAGACCUUAGCAUGUUGCAAGAGAGGCCAGAUUAGCUCGUUUGCACUGUAGCAUGAACACUGGUAAAAGGGCUUUUUUUUUAACCCAUGAACCCAUGAUGUCAUUUAACUAAUACCUAAUAGUCUUAUUGUUUCUAUGGUUUCCUACAGUGUGUUUGCGAUCCGGUCACAAUCCUUUAUUAAUUGAUGUAGCAGCAAAGUUACACCAAUUGAUGAAUAUUGCCUUUGCUGUGAUUCACAAAGAAAAAAGCCCUGCAGGCCUUAGCGAAUUGAUGUGCUUGUCAAUAAACUUGUUUUCCCCUAGUAUACAGUUUCAAAAUAAACAGAUAAUUAUAUACACUAAUUGUUCCAAACACUACUUACGAUCAGGUUCACUUUUUUAGUUUCCAUGUAAAUAAGAGUAUAGAAUGAUGAUGCAGAAUGAAUAUAUCACAAAUUAAUAUUCUCUUUCCAGGUAAUAUCUUUCUUGGUGUAAUGUCUGAAGCUCUGGGUCAGUAAUUUAUGUAUUAGAAACAUUUAUGUUUGUAAAUCCUAAUCAUGUUUAAAUAUUGAACUGAAAAUAAAUAACAAUCAAUCUUGUUUGCUGUCCAUAGAUGUGUUACUCAAAAAGCUGUCUUUUUUAUAUCACAGACUCUGCUUACAUAUGACUUGCUGAAAAAAAAAUACAUCCGUAAACAGACAGGCCUGUACGUGAUACCGUGUCCAAAACAUGAAUAUAGGGUGCUUGAGGGGGGAUUGCUACUGGGGCUAUCUGAAAAUAGGUGAGUUAAAUACUGCACGUUCUAUAUUCAGUAGUACAACAGUGUGAUUCACUAAAUAGCUUGGAUGACGACGACAUUCAGUGAUGAUGUAAUAAUUAUAAACCCCCUUCAUUAUACUAAAUGGUUUGCUUUUUCAUGGGAUUGUGGUUUCCUGGUUGGAAAGAGUACAUUAUUUUCCUGACUGUAAGGUGGGGCAAACUAUUUAAGGAUUUUCUAUUCAUAACGGAGUGCUGUUUCCAGGGCAAAUAUUAAAGGGACACUACAGUCACCCAGACCACUUCAGCUCAAUGAAGUGGUCUGGAUGCCAGGUCCCCCAGGUUUUAACCCUUCAGAUGUAAACAUAGCAGUUUCGGAGAAACUGCUAUGUUUACAUAGCAGGGUUAAACCAACCUCUAGUGACCGUCUCCCUGACAGCUGCUAGAGGCGCUUCUGCGACAAGGGAGUGGGAUCCUGAUGAUGGGGGGGGGUGUCAGGAAACAAGUUUGUUUUCAUGACACUAUAGUGAUCCUUUAACCCCUUAAGGACACAUGACAUGUGUGAAAUGUCAUGAUUCCCUUUUAUUCCAGAAGUUUGGUCCUUAAGGGGUUAAUAAAUUUUAUUUGGGUUUAAUUGUUAGAGACGGAUUUGAAGAGACUCGACACCCAAUGUCAACAUAUAUUUAAGGGCAUUGAAAUGGAAGCACAUAUUCUUUUUUUUUUUGUUUGUUUUUUGUUUCAGGGCCCUCAGUAUCGGUUGCAUUGAUUUAUUAAAAUGUUUCUGCGAGAAUCUUUUACACAACAGCCUAUGAUAGUGGUUAUUUAGAGUACCCUGACAUAGUUCCCUCGUAAUGGGGCAAGCUAUUUUGCAUGGUUUUGUCUCUUACCAGGGUCCUGCUGGUUGCUGAGCAUCUCUGUAUAGUGACUGAACCACAUCCGUGGUUCUGCAUAGCUGUAGAUUUCGGAUGACAAUCCUGCUGCUCAUUCAUUGGCUGAGAGUGUCAGCUCAGUACACUCAACCUAUGAAUGAGCAUCUGUGAAUAACAUAUGCACUGAAUUGACAUUAGCCAGCCAGAAACUCUAAUGAUGGUUCUGUGGAUGGAGUUAGGCCUCUGGCAGGUAGCCCAAAUUACUCUGUAUGUGCACUGUUGAAAACAAAAUAAUGCACAUACAGGCCCCUUGCACCAUGACCACUUCAAAUCACUGAUGUGUUAAUGGUGCUUGCAGUUACCCUUUAAGGAGGGUAGAGUCAGAAAUUAAGGACUCCCUGAUGGAAUAAUUCAUUGUAAGCACAGGGCUGUUUGAAAGAAUGAAUGAUCUGGGGAUGCCGGCUCUUCCACCCCGUCAUAUUAUCCCUCCUAUCAACGUACAUUGGGUGGGGGAAUAUGAGUUGAACAAGGAUCCCUGAUUGAUUUUCUUUUUAUGUCACCCCAGAUCUCCUUGCAUUGGGGAAUGGAGGAGUAGACAACUGUAUUUUUAUGGCUUAGCAGUCAUCAUAUUAUUUCAUUUCUUACCACCCACAUAGGGUCUGCAACUUCCUUCCUUAUUUUAGUUAUUAAAGGGUCCCAAUGAGCUGAUUUCUCCAACAUCUGUCUCUGAAUUUGUUCCUCUUCAUAAACCAUGGGACAUCUUUUUCUUAGCACGAUCCUUAUUUUCCACAACUCUGAGUGAUCUGUGUUUGGUAAUUUCGAUGCGAUCUUUCACAUGUAUACUUGCACGCAUACAUACAUUACUAGCCAGUCACACACACACAAUAACUGACAACACACUCACAAAUAUAUACAUCAAUACAAAAAUUCACACCUCAAGGUGAAGAAGGGGCUGGGAAUAGAACAUUUGAUUUCUGUAGCAUGGACCGUAGCCUCUAGAGGAAAAUGACCUGUCUCUAUGAUGCGGUAUAGGAAACAAUUUUUAUUUACGAUCCCCCUUGCACACGUAUUAAGUUUGCCAAGAGGAUGACAUCUCAUGUUCCCUUCUUCUCACUCUCUGAUACACGAUUCCAUGUGGGAGUGAAGGAAAGCUGUCUCUGCUACCACAGCAUGCAGAGACAGCAUAUUUCAACAAAAUGUAUUGAAGAGCUUCUCGGACAAACUACAUUUCUGGACAAUUAAAAAAUGAUUUGAUUUUCCCCAUAUUUCUCUCCUUGAGAGUCAUUAUAGAUGUGAAAGGAGGGGACAUCCUCAAUGCUUCUUGCAAAACAGGGAAUUCAUUAUGCACUACAAAUAGUGCAGUUAAGAGAUUAAUCCCAAUUAUGUUUAUUUAUGCUGUAUUAUUGUAAAUGUGAAUUGUUAUGUUUUGCAUGAAACAAGAAAACAUGUAACAAAUUAGACUUUGCUAAUGUAAUAUACUCUUUCCUGUAGGGACCAUUUUGUUAUUUGGGAUUUGGAGACUGGCUUUAUAAAGCACCGCUUAAGGCCACAAUUUAAAGACAAACCUUCUUCUUUAGACCAUGAUGUUUAUAAGGAGAACCUACAAAAACAAGUUUUAUUGCGAAGACAGAAAAGAAAGGACACAGGUAUUUUAUGAAAGGCUGAACUUGAUGGACUUGAGUUUUUUUUCAUCCUAUAUUACUAUUUAUAUAUGUAAAGUACCUGCAGGGCUGCCAUCAGAAAUUUUGGGGCCCCUGACACAGCUCAAGGUCUGAGCCCCCCAGUGCCUGCACCCAAGUCCGUCCGUCUCCCGAGUCCACCCACAGGGAUGCAGUGUCUGCAGGGCCGGUGCAAGGAUUUUUGCCGCCCUAGGCAAAAGUAAAGUUUGCCGCCCCCCAUGUGACAUCACAAUGCCCCACCCAUAUGAUCUGCCAUGUUAACUAACACAGUGCUGCAGUGCCGCCGUGUUUACAAUAAAAGGCCUGCAGGGACAGGCUAUAGACACCAGAACCACUACAUUAAGCUGCAGUGGUUCUGGGGACUAUAGUGUCCCUUUAAUGUGAGGUAAAUUAGAGAUUAGUGCCACGAAUAAUAUACUAGAUUGCCUACUUACAACCAGAUGAGGAUGAUGAUGGGCUCUAGCUGCCGUCUGGCUCCACUGAUCUGGUGUAGAACAGGCUCUCUGGAGGCGGUUUGUAACUGUGGUCACAAAAAUCAAUGUUCUGGGAGAACGGGAAGCAGCUCCAUUUUUUUGAGGGCCCUUUACACAGCUCAAGGUCUGGGUCCCAGGGUCCACCUUCAUGUUCCACCAAUGAGUUUGUUCACAGGGGUGUGUGUGUGUGUGGGGAUGUCCUGAUGUGUGUAAGGAAUGCAUUGUGUGAAUCUGUGUUUGUAUGUGUAAGGGCUGCAAGGUGAGUUUGUGUAUGUAUGGGAUGCAGUGUGUGCGUCUGUAAGGGAUGCACUGAGUGUGUGUAAGGGGUGCAUUGUGUGUUGCUGUGUGUAAGGGAUGCAUUGCUUGUGUAUGUGUGUCUGUGUGUAAUGCAUUGUGUGUUUUUCUGUGUGCAAGGGGUGCAUUGUGUGUGUGUGUGUGUGAUGGAUAUCAAUCUCUCCCCCUACCCCCUCAAUUUCCUUCUCCCCCCCCUCCAAUUUCCUUCUUCUCCCUCUCUCUCCAAUUUCCUUCUUCUUCCCCUCCCUCUCAUUGCCUUCUUCCCCCUCCAAUUUCCUUCUUCUCCCCCUACCUCUCGUUUCCUUCCUCUCCCCCUCAGUUUCCUUUCUCCCCCCCUCUUCCUCUCCCCCCUCCAAUUUCCUUCCUCUCCCCAUCCAAUUUCCUUCCUCCCUCCCCCCCUCAAAUUUCCUUCCUCUCCCCCCCUCAAAUUUCCUCCCUUCCCUCCCUCUCCCCCCUCACUCCCUCAAAUUUCCUCCCUUCCCUCCCUCUCCCCCCCUCAAAUUUCCUCCCUUCCCUCCCUCCCCUCAAAUUUCCUCCCUCCCUCUCCCCCACUCAAAUUUCCUCCUUCCCUCUCCCCCCCACACCCUCAAAUUUCCCUCCCUCCCUCUCCCCCACUCAAAUUUCCUCCCUCCCUCUCCCCCCCCUCACUCCCUCAAAUUUCCUCCCUCUCCCCCCACUCACUCAAAUUUCCUCCCUCCCUCUCCACCCCCCCACCCCACUCAAAUUUGAGUCCGGACCCCCCAGGACCGCCGGGCCCAUGACAACCGUUGCGGUUGUCAUGCCCUGAUGGCGGCCCUGAGUACCUGCAUAAUAUAUGUUUCACUAGGAUAACCAAACACAUGGAAAUUUUAACGUUUAGAAAGUUUUUUUUGUUUUUUUUUAUUGUUAACUUACAAUUGGAGUAAAAAGAUAGAUCUUCAUAAUAAAUGGUCAGAAAAUGUAUUGACUUUCUAGACACUCAUCACAUUUUCUGACGUAUCUGAUAUUUGAUACAUUUUUAAAAACAUUUUAUUAAGAGAAUUUUGUAGAAUGUUAACAUACUUCACACAUUACUUAUAUUAUUAUUAUUAUUAUUAUUUUAUUAUUUAUAUAGCGCCAACAAAUUCCGUAGCGCUGUACAAUUGGGAUAUUAUUGGUUACUCUUAUUAUCUAUUGCCUAAUGAUGGAACAACUGUCACGAGUCUAGACAGAGUCCACAGAUCUUGGAGUCCUGAAGGUUCAAGGCAAAAGAGAGAACUGUUGAGAAAUCUCAAUGAUUUUAAUGGCUUUUAAACAUUUACAGGCCGGUGAGUUAAAUCAGUGGGCUAAUGCAUCAUCAGUAGAAUCUGUUCAACCCUUGGGUCACAGGUUCAAAUUCCAGCAGGGUUGACACAGCCCUUCAUCUUUCUGAGGUAGAGAAAAUGAGUACCAUUAAAUUGGGUAAUAGCCCCUGAAUGUUGGGCUAAGUUAAUAUCCCCAGGAGUAAUCUGAAUUUAACUUUCCUGGUUAAAUACUUUGUUGUUAUUAUUUAUAAUAGAAUAAAAGGGGAUAGGAUGGAAGAAACAUGUGGGAGUGCAAAUGACUAUUUUGAUAAAUAUAUUUAAAAAGUUUACAAAAUGAAGUAAUAUCUUAAAAAUACACCAGAGGGUGCUAGACACCAGGCAUAUAAAAAUAGUUACCAAUCUUGUAGCUGUAAAUGCAUACCAUACUUAGAAGUUAAAGCAAACAAUUUAUGCCAGUACAAACAUGUAAAAUAACAUAAGCUAAAAUACAGAGAAAUAAAUACAUACAAAUCACUUAAUAUGUUCCACUAGGGAACCAAAGUCCAGGACCAACUACUAAUACUUAAACCAAACUGCAGUAGAAGCCCCACUAUUUGUGACUCCUCGGGGCUGUUGUACCUUAGUAUAAAGAGUAAAAAGUGGUGGACAUCGAAAGUCUUGUGCACAGUGUUCCAUUUCGCUCAACGCAUUGGGUUCCCGUUGCAGUCGCGACUUCCUCAGGAGUCAAUUCCAAAAAUGUGUGAUAAAUUUAAUUGUAAAUGAGUAAGGAAUACCAUAUCAUUAUAUGACAGAACGAUCAGUGGAUGGAUUUUUUUUUAGAGUUUUGUUACUAUAUUAUGUGCAACAAUGUACUCAUAUGCUAUACAAUGCAUUUUUGUUUGUUUAUCCAAAAAAUACUUAUUUCAUUAUGGACAUGUCUGUUCUAUUACUGGGUUCUGAAAAAAAAAUGGAUUUUAAACUUUUCUAUGGCUUUUGCCCAUGUUGAGUAGGAUCAUAAUUUGAAAUUGUAAAAGCCAAGGUAACAGGCGCACAAAUUGGUAAAAAUCUCUGAAUUGCAGAUUACAGAAGAGAAACCUAUACAAUACAAAAUAUAAAAAACAUCAUAGUGUAGUAUGUUCAGAUAUAUUAAGUAAGUGAAGAAAUUGGAGCACUCCCGAAUUUAAGAGCCAUUUAGAAGCUGACUCUAACUGUGUAGGCGUUUUCUCAAUACUGAGUUGAUGUUUUAGAAGUCAGGUCCCAUCAGGUACACCAGUUUCAUAUGGACAGUUACUCAGGAACCAGUAUAGUUGAAAAAAAGCUUUUAUUUCAAAGUUUAGUAUAAAAGAUAUAUAAAACCAAGGAAAUACCUGUUUAGUAAAUAGCACAACAUGUUUCAACCUCUAACAUGCAUAUAACAGAACAGUGCUUACAACUUAAUAUAUGCAGAAAAUAAAUAAGCCUAAUUAGGUCCGGGUGCGUUAAUUACUUCAAAUUAAUGCCCCUUACCAUAUAAGGACAAAUUCCGAUCACAAUUUGCUGUACUAAAUUAUCUCACUUGAUAAACACAAAAUAAUAUCUUUUUCCAAUUCCUAGUUCUUCUCACUCCAUGGGAAAGACGUAACGAGACCAAAACUGCAAAGCGGCGGCGUCAGGAGAAGGAGGUUCAGCAGGAAGUGGAGAAACUUUGGCAGCUGCUCAAUGAGAAGAACAAUGCUAUCGAUCAGUACUUGCUUAGUGACAAUGAAAAGGUGAUGAAAUUUCUAGAAAUCCUAUUGUCUUCUCGUGAAUAAAUAAAUGGCAUAUUCUAAAUUAUUUAUACAUUACAAUCUCAGUGGAUACAUAGGACAUUUUAAGUGAUUGUGUCAUCAAGAGAAAAAUGUAUUUGUUUUUAAAUGACAGUCCACAUUUUAACUUCAUUGAUCAUAUUUUUUUUUAUUAUUCACAGAAAUUUGUAGACUUGUUUCAUAAGUACUUGUAUGGGAAAGCUAGUUUGUACAUGCCCAUUAUCACAGAAAGAAAUACAACUGCUCUUAUGGAUAUACUGACUUUUUAAACAUAUUAUUUCUCCUCUUUUAACACAUAAAUCUAACAUCAAUGAAGAUUACCAAGAAGAUUAGUAGUGUGUAAGUGUCCUUAAAGCGGCACUGUCAUGGCUGAUUCCAGUUGUUUUUUUUUAACCACCCCUCCCGACUCCACUACAUCUAAUUUGACCCCUAGUCACAACCAAAUGCCCCUAAGCCCCCCAUAUUACCUAUCUUUUAAAUGUUUAUUUUCUGCCUGGAUGUAGGUCCUGGGCGCCGCCAUCUUUGUGUGGGUAGAGUAAGUCCCUGUGGGACUAGAUAGCGCUGUGAAAUUCCCACGCAUGCCCAGUUUAACAUUUGGGCAUUCGCUACGGGAAUUUUGUGCAUUCAUUAAUUCGUCAGAAAGAUGAAUGAAUGAACAGAAAUUUCAGCCGAACAAACAAACAUCAUUUUACUUGCUAUUAGUAAAGAUGGCUGAAAGACCAAUCUUGGUCUUCAGUCUUUUGGUAGAUAGCAUCCUAAUAACGUGCAAGAUGCAGCCGCAGCAUUCAAAUUAAAUUCAGUUCCUAACAAAAGUCUUGAAUUUCGUUCUAAUACGAAUGGACGAACUGCUCUCAUACUGCUAGGGCGAAAUUCUGUAGUUUUGCCGGCAUUCAUGAAUAUGGAAAGGAAGCAUCGCGAGAAUACGGAGGAAAGGUGAGAAUUGUUGGAAAAUUGCUCUGACCACCAGAAAUGAAGCACACUUUACUCCUCCGCUGGUCAUAGAUGGUCAGGCAUAGGAAACCUACAUAAGACAAACAGACCCUACUUUGUCUUAUGUUUUAAAGAAAACUAGAGCAGACAUUAAGAAAUUAAGCUUUAGUAGUGUGUGGAACUGCACUCACUCCCAUAAAUCUGAGCCAGGGUGCUUGCUGAACCGUAAUCAAACACCAGAUUUCCAAAAAUUAAUAAAGUAAUAGAAGUCCAGGCACUCCUUGGUUCAAGACAGGUACUUUAUUAGGAACCACAACAGCAACGUUUCGACCCCAAAAGGUCUUUGUCAAGCUUGACAAAGACCUUUUGGGGUCGAAUCAUUGCUGUUGUGGUUCCUAAUAAAGUACCUGUCUUGAACCAUGGAGUGCCUGGACUUCUAUUACUUUAUUAAGAAAUGAAGAACAGACCCUGAGAGAGGGAGAGAAGAGAAAGCGAUUAGGGAAAGGUAAGUUCGGCAUGACAGUGCCGCUUUAACUGUGGGGUUCAGGGCUAUCCCAGAUAUGUAUGUAUAAUUUUUGUAAAAUAACACAAUGGCAUCAACAGUCCCUAACCAAACUGACUGCUAGUUUGUAGAUAGUCACCUCUAUACCUAAACAGCUUAGCAUUAGUGGAAAAAUACACAGAAUAUUUGCUAUCUAAACAGAAGGGGCACAGUCUCUCUACAGCCUGUUGAAACAAACUGAUAUUUCAUCUGAACGCUGGUCACAAUUCAGUCUUUCAUAAAUGUAAUCCAAAUAAUAAAGUACCAAUGUCAUAACAGUAAAACAAACUUGUCAACCGUAUUUCAAUAUCCUCUGAGCUUUUUCAUUGCCAUUGAAAAAGCUCAGAGAAGAGUGAAACGUACUUGGCUGAACCAAGUGAAUACCAGCCAUUUAGCAGCCUGGGAUCAGAUACACUUUUAUACAGUGUUGCCAAUCAGACUGUUAUUUUCCAUCUCUCGCACCCCUGGAUACCGUGACAUCACACAAGCAUGCUCAGUGUCAUCACGGCUUGCCAUAGAGAAUCAUUUUAUUUAAAGAUUCUCUAUGAUAAGAUUUUGAUCGGCGGAUCAAGCUCCUAUGGUCCUCUAUGAAGUGCAUUGGACUAGUAUCCUGGAGGUACGGCUCCAGAAUGACGUCAUGUAAGGUCAAGCCUGCAGGAGCACCGAGGGAGACUUAGCGCUGGAGAAAAGGUGAAAAAAGGGUAUAUUUGAAUUUCAGUGCAAGUGCGCAUUUUGUUUAGAUUUUAUUUUAUAUUGGAUAGGUUUGAAAGCAUUUUCCAGUCAUGGAAUCCUUGCUGCUAUUAUUAUAUUAUUUCUUUCUUUUUUCGAGGUGCUACAAACUGACAUGUUUUAUGUUUACCUCGUAUUUACUAGAUAGUUUUACUGUAAAACUUUAUUGGGUUAUGCCUUUAUGCCAUUUUUAUGCUGCAUUAGAUCACCUGACUAUAUAAUGUAGUAAGAGUAAACUGUAUUGGAUUCCAUUUACUAUAUUUUCAGGUGAUUGUGUGCUCAUACUAUGCGCACCAUCUCUGUGUAUUUAGCCUGGAGACCAUGAGCCAUCUACAUACGUUGGAAGACAGAACGUCAAUGCUCUUCCUUCAUAGUGCAGCACUCACAUACAACGGAAGCUUCCUCGUUCUCUCCAACUACUGUGACACUGACAAGAUCAGUUAUGUGACCUUGUGGGACCUUCGCAAUGGGCUGGUAAUAAGUGCAAUAGGAUUGUUACUUUGUAAUGAAAUAUGAAGACAAAAGUCAUAGAUACCAGUGGUUUUUACCCCCUGGGUUGAGGCCUAAGAGUGGAUCUCCAUGAUUUUUCAGUUAGUCCACAAUGUUUUCAACAGGUUUAUCAUAUUCAUGAGGUUGCAGUCAACUGCCCGAUUAACUUGGGUUUUUGUAAUGCUUUCAUGAUACCAGUUGUUCAAGCAUAACACAUAAUACAUUUUGUAUGUUAUAAUAGCAAAGUAAAUUUAUACAUAAUAUUUUUUUCUACCUGCAUACUGUGUGUUCUGUUGUUAACACAAGAUGGCUGCCAUAUAUAAUGACUGGAAAUAUUACAUAUUCAUAUGAAGAAAAAAAAAAACAUAUUUUGGCCACAUUCACAAAAAUGUUGUCUGUGUUACUUAAAUUAUUGUUCAACUAUAAAUCAAACAGAUAUGUGCUCUAUCUGGUGGCCGCAACACUUAAUGUUAUCUACUAACUAAGAGUUUAAUUAUUUUAAAUUAAACAAGAUACAACUCUAUUAAUUAUUAAACAUAAAUACAUAUUUUAUUUAUUUAACGUAAACUGCUCAAAAUUGGUAUAGUUUGUUUGGAGAUCUGGCUUUGAUGUUGUUAUGUCAGUAGCAUUUAUUUAUAUAUUUAGCAUGUUUUACAAAUUUGGUAAAUAACCAUGAGUAGAGUUUCAGACAGAGCCAUGUAUAAUUAGAUAUACUGAUAAUUAGUAGGGAAUAUAGAUGGCAUAUAUUUGUUAGACUUCCUCGAAUUCCUUGUUUUCAUUAGAAGAAAAAACAAACAAAUAUAUAGUGUGUAACAUUGCAUUCUCUUUCAUGGUAUAAUGAUUUCAUUUUUUUUUUACUUACAGGUAAAGAAACGACUAAAGAACGAACCAAAUGUUUCUUGUAUGGCACUUACUGAUGAUGCCAGUCGAAUUGUUUUUGGUGUGUCCUUGGGAAACAUGUAAGCCAUAAAUAUAGAACAGGUCGAUUUAGAUACUAUUGGUGGAGGGAAGCUAUUUUCCUAUAGUUUCAUUUCUCAUUUUAGAGAAUUAUUUCCUGGAAGCUGGCUAGACUACAGGGGACGUUAAGACACCUAGAACACGUCUGCUCACUUGUAUCUAGUUUGGCCCUAACAUACUAAAAAAUUCUGCAUGUGAUUUUAUAGUAUUCCGUUUUUUACAAACCCCUCUAAUGUUCUACCUGCUAUUCUUAAGAUCAGUGGCAGACAGGGUAAUUUACUGAAGAGAGAAUUAAAAAUGGAUUUCACGGGGGGCGUGGCUUGGACGCCAGACGAGAUGGCGGCAUAGACCGAGAGCUCCCCGCUGGUUCAGCACGUGUACCCACCUAAAUAGCACUUGAGAAAGCAAUAAUGUGUAAAACACACAAGCCCGCACAGGGUAACCACCCGAUCAACACCCCACGUGGAUCCCAAACGACGGGAAUGCACCAAUUCCUUACAACACAAGCCGACCAAGCCUCUCAGGCCUCAAAUGAUUCAGAGGCCUCGGGCCUAUCCCGCCCAGCCUCACCAGGCGGGAGCCUACCUGCUAACGCUUCGCAAACUCCAAAUACACAGUCGCUGCAACCGGAGUGGAUGACGCUACUCCACAAUCUACCUACAAAAACGGAUCUGAAAGAGGCGAACGUGGCGCUCCAAAAAUCCGUUACGUGGGAGCUGCAUGCUCUCAACGGGGACAUACAUUCAGCAUAGGCUUCCUCAACUUGAGGCCACAUGGCGACGGCACAGUCUGCGAAUACAGGCAUAAUAUAGAAACAAGAAAUGCAACUUCGCCAAAUGGCAUUACACGUAGAAGAUCUUGACAAUCGAGGAAGAAGGCUAAAUAUACGGGUCAGAGGCCUACCGGAGGAACUGGACCAGCAGGCAGCGAUAAAAGACACUAACUGAAUUAUUUAACACUCUCCUGCAAAGGCAGACAAGCACACCCAUCGAAUUCGUCAGGGCGCAUAGAGCCCUCCGUCCACAAGGCCCACCUCCAUCCACAAGGCCCAAGGGAUGUCAUAUGUUGCUUAAGCCACUUCCAAAGGAAGGAAGACAUAUUGAAAAAGGCAAGAGACAUCAAGAAAGUCAUCUACAAGGGUGCAGAUAUUCAACUUUACCCGAAACUGUCUCCAGCAACGUUUGCUUAUAGGCAGGCCAUGCGCCCUCUUACCAGAACCCUACAAGUUAACAAGAUAAGAUACCACUAGAAUUUCCCAAUGGCACAUUCAACAUGAGAACCGACGGAGACCUGAGCGACCUACAAAGAGAGCUACAACUGCCACCGAUACAAAUGAAAUGGCCAGACCCGAUGGCAUUCUAUACCUUCCCCCCAGAACUGCAACACCAAGCUGCACAACCAAUUAGACCAAGAAGAACCUGACAACAAACCACCCGCCCGUCGGGCACCAACAUGUGAAGGCCACACGCUUAUCGAGAAACCUGGGGGUCCACAAGACACAAGCCUGGGCCAUGGACAAUGUCCCCCAAGAGACUGAGCGACUAAGAACCUCCUCAUAACCGCAAGUAUACUGCCCAAGGUGCAGCCUAACAGAGACACUUACCGGGGUACCGAACGCAAGACCAGGAGGGGGGAGAGGGGAAAGCGGAACUUGAACGAUGGACCUGCGAAAACUGUGACUGAUCUUUAUAUCUGCAUCCUCUCCCCCCCCCUCGAAGUGAAGGGGUACCGAUAGUAGUAUAGGUUGGGGAGAACAAUGGGGAAAGGGGUCCCUAGAUAUACGAAGGGUUCAUAGACAAGCGGCAACCCGACUCACUGGGUGGGGAAGGAGGGGGGAGGGCCUGGCUCCUUACACGGAAACAAAAGUGGCAAACUCCUAGCCACGACGCUGAGAAAACAAAGACAGCAAACAUACAUCGUCAGAAUUAGGGAUAAAAGAGGGAAGCUACACUGCCUCCCGACCGAUAUUCUGACGGCAUUAAGAGACUUCUACCUAGAUCUCUAUACCUUACCUCAACCACAAACCGAAACGGCAAAAGUGCGAAUACGGGAGUCCGUUCGGACAUAUCUCACAAAAUAUCUGAUGCCGACCCUAGAUAGGGAGAUAUCCAUGCAAAUAGAUGACCCAAUUACACUGGAGGAACUCGCACAGGCAAUUAAACAAACUAAAUUGGGCAAGAGCCCGGGCCCAGAUGAACUCCCAACAAAAUGCUACAAGUCCUUUGCAGAGGACCUUUACACCCCGAUGGUGGAGGCCUUCAAUGCAAUAAGAGAAGGACACCACAUACCCAAAUAAGCCCUGACAGCCCAUAUAACCAUCAUUCCCAAGGACGACAAAGACAGCGAAUACUGCGGGAACUAAAGGCCAAUUUCACUUAUAAACUGUGAUAUAAAGCUACUAUCCAAAUCCUGAUUCGUAACGGGACGCAAAGCAAGAGACAAUACCAUCCGGACACUUACCCUCAUGCAUGGGAGGGGAGGGGACAAGAGAGGCCUUCUCCUGCUAUUGACAGACGCAGAGAAGGCCUUUGAAAGGGUCCGAUGGACCUACCUAUUCGAAACUCUAAAACACAUAGGGCUGGGGCCUCACCUAUGACGCUGGAUAGAGGCACUGUAUCACGAACCUAUGGCACAUAUAGUUGUUAAUGGGGCACUCAUCGAGGUAUUUCCCAUACGCAACGGCACCAGACAAGGCUGUCCCUUGUCGCCGCUACUGUUCGUGCUGGCCCUGGAGCCAUUUUUAACACACGUCAGAAAUAAUGAGGACAUCACUGGCCUAAAGACUGGCAACGUACACCACAAGGUGGCCGCAUUUGCGGACGACCUGCUGUUUGUGGUGACCAAUCCGGAGAUCUCCCUCCCCAAUAUAAUGAAGGCCGUUCAGAGACAUCACCAAUCUAAAAAUAAACCACACCAAGUCAUACAUUCUCUUACAUAUCUGAGAACUCAAAGUGAAUUGCAAAUUUAAGGCCAGAGUAGCUCCACUGAAAGCACAGCUGACCUACAGAAUUCUUCUGGUGCAGCUGUUUUCAUCUUAAAUUUAAAUCGAAUCUCACUGAAGUGAACAACCCUGUAUGUGUAUAAUCAGAAGCUGAAAAUUCACUAAAAAUACUAUUAAAAAGUGCAACUGGUUAAACUCUAGUUUGCACCUAAUGCAGAAUGAUAAAUUAAUGGCCCGCCAAGAAUUCCGCUUUGCUUGUGGUGCAUAGGAUUUAGUCAGAGCAAAAGUCAGAAGUGUGUCUUUUACACUAUAUGAAGACAGAGUUUGUAAUUGCAUCAGCCUUGUGAUUACCAUGUGCCUUUUCAGUACCAUGGACAGGAUAAGAAACAGGCAUACCUAAAGGGUUUGUCACUGAAGUGUAAAUUCACAGUGGAUUUCAAAUUGAAAGUCAAAAUAUCCAAACUGGAAAACAUUUUCUAAAUCCAGUUUGGCUAGUCUGGUCUUAAAUUAGAAAUUAACUUUGAGUUCUGAUUUAAGAAAAUAACCCUGUUAGUGCACUCACCGCUUAGAACUCUUAUUCAUGUGGUCUUGUGCACACAAUUUCAUUGUCUGCAAAAAAAAUAAGCAAUCCAGUUAUAUGUAGAACUAUUUUACAAAAUAGAAAGAUAAUCUAAAAUUAAGUGAAUAAGGAUCAGAAACUUGCAGAUUUAACACAAAAAUCUGAAUAGAUUAAGAAUAAAAUUGCAAUAGGAAUAUAUUAAACUACUGGAUCAUUCUACAAAUAUAUAGACAGCUCUUAUAUUCCUUUGAUAGAAAAAAGAAAAGAAAAAAAACAUUCUUUUCUAUGAGACUGGUCUUCUUUACAUGAAGCUCUACUGUUAAAGAGGCUAAUACAGAUUAUGUAUCUGCAUUUUAAUGAGGAGUGUAGUCAUCCAAACAUCGGUUUGCAAAUUUGCAGUAAACAUACAUAACUACAAAUCAAGAUCAGAAAGAAGCCAAUAUAAGCUUAUUAUCGAUAUCUGUGUUUAGUACACAAAUUCAGUAUUAUAGAAUGUUGUAUUAAACAAAGCAUAUCUGAGUGUUAAUUGUAGUAGAGGUGCUGUGAGCUGUUAUAAAUUCUAUAUGUAAUCUGCAAAUAAAGACAGUCUAAUUUUUUUUACAUUUAAUUAAUUUCCAUGUUCUCUGGUCAAUUUUUAGCCUUAAGGUCUGGGAUCCUUUCAGGCAUAAACACAAGAUCAUCCCUGGGUAUGACAACUUACACCUCACCAUUGACAGCAAGCUUCACGUUAUAGAAGGAGGAUCAAAGGCAAUCUUGCUAGCAGGUGAGUUAAUGUUAAUUAUCAUAUCCAAAUGUCGACUAGGCAAGGAAUAUUUAACUCUUCUAGAUGUUUUAUUAUUUCAUAACUUAAAGCAACACUGUGGUGUUAAGAAUACAAAUAUGUAUUCCUAAUUCUAUAGGGUCCUACUAUGUAUUUAGGUGACUGCCCAGUAACUUCCCCUGUUUGCAAUUAAAAAAAUAAUUGGGAGGUUAAUGCUCAUGCGCAUAAAUAAUCACGCUUCGUCAAUCAAACGCUCUCUAUGAGCAGCAUUUGAUUUAGAACCAAGUCUGAAGAAGGCCAUUAGAGGUUUUAAAACAGCCGAGGCACUGCACCCAGAACACUUCAAUGAGAUGAAAUAGUUUGGGUGCCUAAAUUGUACCUCUGAUAAUAUUGUAUCAAGCAUGUAACGAUGAGAGGCUGAUUUGACGUUACUGGGAAAUUAUACCUCUAAUUUUAACAUUCUGCAGCUAUGCUAACUGCUGAGCUGUACGACUAACAUUUGCAUGUCUCUGAUCCAAUUGCAAUGCAUAAGGAUUAUUGCACAUCAUAUUGCCUUAAUUGGGGGUUAUUUACUCAACUAGGAAAUGUGGGUAAAUGAUAAAGGAAUUGCAACUUAUAGACCAAACUAGGAAAAUAGCUGAGUUCAAAUAAUAGCAAAAUGUUUUGAAAUAAGAAUGUUUCCAAUAAGCAUAUUUUGGGUCUAAAUUUGUAAUUACCCUGCCAGUUCUCCCAAAUUCACAGUUUAGUGAAUAACUCUGAAUGUGUCUGUGUGACUCUAGAUGCUAUCCCUCCUGACUAGAGAAUGUUAGGGUGAUUCUGUUAUCCAGUGUUAUACAGUUAGUGUACUAGGCUUUAUAUAAAGCACAUCCCUCUUAAAGAAUUAACAUUCCAGAUAUUACUGCAUGUUCUCAAAUCUACUCUUACAUGUGGAACACAAAUAAAAAGAAAAGCAUUGACUCGUGUUGAUAUAACAGAGCAUUAAUCUAACAGUUUUUGAGAAGUCGUGUGACAAAUAAAAGUAUGUUUUUCAAAAUAAAAUGAACAAUUUCUUGUGUUUAUUCUUAUAGGUGACGUUAGCUUGUGGGACCUGGAUAAUGGAACAGUAGUGUCUGUCUUUUCCCCUGACAGCACAAUUUGCUGUUUGUCUUUAGCAACGGACAGAAAGACAAUACUUGUUGGUAUGAGCGAUACCCCUUCACUCAUCACUCUUAAGGUAGCAUCACAAGACCGAGAAAACACCUAUUCCAUGGGCGCUGACUUAUUUGGAGAGGAAUCAACCAGCAGUGAAGAUGAGCCUGAUGACAAGGAGCAACCUUUAAGCAUUUAAUUAGAACAUGAUACUUAAGAUGGCUUUUUCAACAUUUACAUGUUGGAACAAGUAAGGAUCUAGCAAAAACUCGAUUUGCAUUUUCUGCGAACAUUAAUCCAAUCUGCCACAGCACGAUUUAUACCGUGAACUUUGUAGUAUCUUUAUGAAAAUGUAACUUAAAGUUUAGGUGAUCUACCCCACCACCUAAAACUUAUAAGUGCGAGUGCAGCGCUU